GCUGCCAGUCCCCUCCCCUGUGACACAUUGUAAGCAUUGUCCCAAUCAGCUGUCACACCAGGCACAGUGCAACUGUACAGGCAGGAACUGCAGAGGGACAGCUAAAGGUAACCAUGGGGGCUUCACUGGGAUCAUAGAUACUGCAAUACGUGGGGAGCUGACAGUGAAUAGACAGGGGGGAUCAGAGAGAUUAUUAAUAUAUAUUUUUAUUAUGUUUUACAACCAAUAAACUCUCUCCUGGGCAGGUUAUGUGCUGUAUAAACAGAUGUGUAUUUACUAAACUGUGAACUGUGUGUGAAGUUAAAUUUUAACCAUUAAAUCUAACUUGCCCAGUAUGGAGAGAGUGGCCAAAUGGAACCUCACGUUUGUUGGAUAUGUUUGUACAUAGAGUGUAUUUCAUGAUAAGAUAUAUUUUAUUUUGUAUUAUGGAAUUUUAUAUGGGAAGAACUGUAAGUAUUGCCAAAUGCCUAUAACAAAAUCAGUAUCCUGGUAGUAGUGAUGUAUAGUUAGUGAUAAUGUAACCAGUAUCUGUCUUGUUUCUCCUAGUGGUAGUGAUAUAUAGUUAGUAAUAAUGUAACCAGUAUCAGCCUUGUUUCUCCUAGUGGUAGUGAUAUAUACAGUGAGGGAAAAAAGUAUUUGCUCCCCUGCUGAUUUAGAACGUUUGUCUACUGACAAAGAAAUGAUCAGUCUAUAAUUGUAAUGGUAGGUGUAUUUUAACAGUGAGAGACAGAAAAACAAAAAUAAAAUCCAGAAAAACGCAUGUCAAAAAAGUUAUAAAUUGAUUUGCAUGUCAAUGAGUGAAAUAAGUAUUUUGAUCCCCUAUCAAUCAGCAAGAUUUCUGGAAUCCAGGUGUCUUUUAUACAGGUAACAAGCUGAGAUUAGGAGCAGGGGCGCACCUGGAGCAUUUGGCACCCUGGGGCAGAUCCUAUAUUUUGGACCCGCAAAUUUUUUUUUUAAUGUCUUUAGCACUGAUCAGUGUUUUUAUUUUUAUGUAUUUAGCACCAAGCACUGUUUGUGUGUUUGAAUGUAAGCAUGUAUUUGUAUGGAGUAUGUGUGAGUGAAUGUACGGGUGGGUUUGCACGUAUUGGCAUUUGAAUGAAGGCGUGCAUUUUUCUGUAGUGUGGUUUUUGAAUAUGGUGUGUGGGUUUUUUUUGUUUGUUUUUUUUGUUUGUUUUUUGUAGUGUUGACAUUUGGAUGCAGGGUUGUAUUUGUGUGUAGUGUAGGGGAAAUGCUGAGAUGUAUGCACAUACAUAUACUUACAUAUACAGACACUGUCUCACACAUACAGACACAUAGGUACACACAUGCAGUUACAUAGAAACAGUCAUACACAGACAAACACUGGCACAUACAGAUAGACACACAGAUACAAACACAGUUAUAGAUAAAAACAGACACACACACAGACACACAUGUAUAAGUGUGUGUGUUUGUAUAGUGAAUGCAGUGUGUGUGGUUGUAUAGUGGAUAAUGGUGUGAGGGAAGGGGUGAUGGUGGGGGGGUGAAGUAAGAGGGAGCUCAGGAGGGGUGGUUGAGAGGGAAGGGGUGAUUGUGAGAGGGAGGGGGGGUGAUGCAGGGGGGACUACAUAAUUACCUUAAAUCCCUGGUAGUCCGAGGGCCAUCAUUUCCAGUCUUCAGCUCCACAGAGCUGCAGACUAUGGAUCUCGCGAGACCCAAUCAAAGUGUUGCCAUGGUAACCCGCAGCAACGCUCUGAUUGGGCAGUGCUCGCGAGACACAUGGUCUGCAGCUCUACACACUGCGGAACUGCAGACCGGUCUCCGCGAUGGGCGCAGGAGGGACAUUGCAGUCUGCCCCGGGCACCCCUUAGUGAGUGGCACCCGGGUGGACUGCCCUCCCCCCCCUUAGUAUGCCACUGAUUAGGAGCACUCUUAAAGUAAGUGUUCCUAAUCUCAGCUUGUAACCUGUAUAAAAAAAACACCUGUCCACAGAAGCAAUCAAUCAGAUUCCAAACUCUCAACCAUGGCCAAGACCAAAGAACUGUCCAAGGAUGUCAGGGACAAGAUUGUAGACCUACACAAGUCUGGAAUGGGCUACAAGACCAUUGCCAAGCAGCUUGGUGAGAAGGGGACAACAGUUAAUGCGAUUAUUCGCAAAUGGAAGAAACACAAAAUAACUGUCAGUCUAACCUUGGUCUAGUGCUCCAUGCAAGAUCUCACCUCGUGGAGUUUCAAUGAUCAUGAGAACGGUGAGGAAUCAGCCCAGAACUACACGGAAGCGCCUUGUUAAUGAUCUCAAGGCAGCUGGGACCAUAGUCACCAAGAAAACAAUUGGUAACACACUACACCGUGAAGGACUGAAAUCAUGCAGCGCCAGCAAGAUCCCCCUGCUCAAGAAAGCACAUGUACAGCCCUGUCUGACGUUUGCCAAUGAACAUCUGAAUGAUUCAGAGGAGAACUGGGUGAAAGUGUUGUGGUCAGAUGAGACCAAAAUCGAGCUCUUUGGCAUCAACUCACUGUGUUUGGAGGAGGAGGAAUGCUGCCUAUGACCCCAAGAACACAAUACCCACCAUCAAACAUGGAGGUGGAAACAUAAUGCUUUAGGGGUGUUUUUCUGCUAAGGGGACAGGACAACUGCACCACAUCAAAGGGACAAUGGAUACUUAUUUUACUCAUUGACGUGCGUUUUUCUGGAUUAUUAAUUUUUGUAAUUUUUUUUUUUUUUUCGUUCUGUCUCUCACUGUUAAAAUACAUCUACCAUUAUAAUUAUAGACUGAUCAUUUCUUUGUCAGUGGACAAACGUUGAAAAUCAGCAGGGCAUCAAAUACCUUUUUCCCUCACUGUAGUUAGUGAUAAUGUAACCAGUAUCAGUCUUGGUUUUCCUAGUGGUAGUGAUAUAUAGUUAGUAAUAAUGUAACUAGUAUCAGUCUCUGUUCUUCUGGUAGUAGUGAUGUAUAGUUAAAAAUAUUGUAACCGGUAUCAAUCAGUUGUUCACCUGGUAGUAGUGAUGUAUAGGUAGUAAUAAUGUAACCAGUAUCAGUCUUGGUACUCCUGGUUGUACUGAUGAAUGAUUAAUAAUAACUACCUAUAAGCACUGGCGUACAUACCGCUGUCGCAGCUGUGACUGGGCCCAUCACUCCAGGGGGCCCGUCCGCCCUGCAGACCCCUGCGACCGGAUACCCGCCACCAUCUCUUGCGGCCCCGGCCUGCGCGGCAAACCCCUGUCAGGGCCAGCCAAUGGAAAUGGAUUGUCAGGGGGCCCGGUCAGCGCUGGGCGCUUUAACAGCUUUACCGGUCCCUCUGUGAUGACAUCACACAGAGCUGGGAGGAAGUGACCGCACGUCACUCCUCCCGGCAUACAGAGAGCCUGCGCGGGAGGAAGAACAGGGAGUCAGUGGGAGCCACCACUGGACCCCAGGGAAGGUCACCCUCCUGCACCUAAAAGGUUGGAAACAGGAGGGUGACUUAAAUAUUGUGUGUGUGUUUGUAUGUAUGUAAAACCAAAACAAUGAGUAAGCGCUAAAAAACACAAUAAAGCAGCAACCCUUUAAGGGAUUCCCUCAAAACCCUUAGAAGUAACACAAAACAGAAUAAAUAAAAGUAAGGGCUGCGCUGAAUAAAACUCAGUGUAAAACAAAUAGUCCAGAUAAAAUAAGUGUUCUCUAUCCAGAGAACACUAUUGGCUGUGUUUUUUUUUUGUUUUUUUUUAUAUACCGAGUGCAUACCACACCAAGGACGGAGAAAGUAGACGAUGGCGAAGGAUAGCCAUCUAUAUCCCAUAAGCAGGGAUCAAACCGCUGUACGCCUUCCAUACCAGAGCAGGUCACAGCUCUGUCAAAUGUGAGUUUGCAUUCUAGAUUUUUAUAUUUCUAUUACUUCCACUGCUGAAUAUACUACACUAUUCGGUUCUCUAUUUAUCCAUAUCUCUUACAUACGAGUGGACCCAUAAGGAGGAUACCGACAAGGACAAUUAUUCGGGGCCAAAUAUCAUUACUAUAUACGACCGCAACAGACGUCUCGAGAUAAUACUUUCUCUUUUUAUCCAUUUAUUUUAUCUGGACUACUUGUUUUACACAGAGUUUUAUUCAGCGCAGCCCUUACUUUUAUUUAUGCUGGUUUGUAUGUAUGUGUCUGUAUGUAUAUGUGUGCAUGUUUGUAUGUGUGUCUCUGUAUAUGUCGGUGUGUGUGUCUGUCUGUAUGUGUACCUGUUUGUUUGUAUAUAUGUGUCUCUGUAUGUAUGUGUCUGUACCUAUAUAUGUGUGUGUGUGUGUGUGUGUGUGUAUGUGCAGAGACGUGUCUAUCAUGAGGCAAACAAGGCAUCUGCCUUGGGCGGCGCUUUGCAGGGGGCGGAAAAAAAUCCGCCCCCAAACGCCCAGGCAGAUCCCUUGCUUGCCUCGCGUCCUGGGGGGCUCAAUAACUGGCCGGCCACUUUUGAGCCCCCCCGAGGCGGGCCUGCUCAGCUCCCUCCACUUAAUGAAGCCGGGAGCCGGAAUAUGACGUCAGACCGGCUCCCGGCAUCACUAAGCGGCGCGCAAGGAAGCUGAGCUUACUCAGCCUGUGCGCCCCCUGCCUGCCCAACCAGCAGCCACACUAGACAGGUAAGCAAUCCACUCCAGCUCUCCCAGGGAGGCUGGGUGGAUUUAAAAUAAAAUAAAAUAAAAAUAAUUUGUGAGUGUUGGGAGAAAUGUGUAUGUGAAUAUGUGAGUGUCUGUAAGUGAAUGUGUGAGUGUUAUGUGUCGGUCAGUGCGUGUGUGCGUCUGUCAGUGUGUGUCAUUCUUUGUCACUGUCCUGCCUAGGGCAGCCCAAAUCCUAAAUACACCACUUUGUAUCUGUCUCUGUGUCUGUGUGUGUGUGUGUCGGGAGUGGGGGGGGCCCACGGAUCAGUUUUGCACCAGGGCUCCAUGGAUUGUGUGUACGCCACUGCCUAUAAGCAGCAGGAUGUCCUGGUUCUGCACACAUACUAUAAGAUAUAAGUUCCCCGUAUGAACCCACAGGGUGUGCAGUAUGAUAUUUAUAAAGCCGGGAUGAGUUUUCAGACCUUCCGGCAGGUGUGCUGCAUGAUCUGCAACUAUAGUGUUGGGAUGAGUACUUAAGAUCUACUUUAAUUGUUCUGUUUGAUCCAUCACCUCUAUAAAUGAAUCCUAUAACUCAGGAUGUCCUGCUAGGUGCCAUAUGAUCUGUAAUGUCUAAUACUGGGAUGAAGUAUAAGAUUUCCUGUAAGGUGUGUUGGCACUGUAGUGCUUCCUUAAAGGGACUCUGUAGACACCCAGACCACUUAAGCUAAUUGAAGUAGUCUGAGUGCUGUGUUCCUAUUGCACAUAGUGCUGCAAUGUAAAAUAAUGCAGUUCCAGAUACCUGCAAUGUUUACAUUGCAGCUCUAAGUCUGCCCUCUGUGGCUGACUAACAGACAACCACUAGAGGACUUCCUGAAUCCAAAAGGACUUUUGGUCAGUUAUCUGAUGCUGGACGGCCUCACGGACCUUCAGCGUCAGAGUUUCCCCAUAGGAAAGGGAGCGUGGGGACGGAGCCUGAUUACCGGAUUCAGGUUAGUGGCUGAAGGGGGGCACUCCAGGAACCUAUAAAGCCAGGAAAACGGGUUUGUUUUCCUGACGCUAUAGGAUCCCUUUAAGGCUCUCUUGUUAGGUGUGCUAUAGAAAGUCAUAAAAAUGACAUACUCAGCCAAUUUCAAAAUACGUCUGACAUUGAUCCAUCUUUUUCAAAAGGGGAUCUUCCAACACACGUCGAUAAUUUUGCUGCUGGAUCUUUCAGUUAAAGAGUUACUCCAACCACCAUGACCACUUCUGCUUUUUGAAGUGGUCAUUGUGAUAGGAGUCGGGGUGUGCAGUGUUUACACACGUGACUCAGGCAGCCCUGAACUUCAUUCCUGGCUGCCUAAUAUCAAUUCUGUGCAUACAGAAUACAUCUGUCUUCAGAGGCCACUAUACUCUACACACAUAACAGCUUCUCCAUUGCAGACAGUGCUCUUGUCUCCCCUCCCUAUCUAAUGCACUAUUGUGUUUAAUUCCCCUCCCUCUCUUCUUUUCCCUCCCUCCCACUCCUCCUCCCCUCCCCAGCUCAGAGCACGUGCAUGCGCCCUGGGCUGCUAAAUUGGUCCAAUCAAAGACUUCCCUAUGAGAAGCUCUUGAUCAGACAAUGGCACGGCUCCCAUGACAUCAGACGGGGUUGAACCAAGCAGUGCCUGAGAGCUACGCCCAGUGUUGGAUUAAGGUAAGUAAAAAUGAUUAAACAUCAUUUUAAAAUGCUCUGUGAUUGUAGUUGUAGGGAUGGAUAUAUAGAAUAAUGCCAAUAAGGCAUUCUCCUAAUGAUGGUGAAAAAGGGCUGGAGAAACCCUUUAAGAUACAUCUGAAGAGGUGGUGUCCGGGGCAACCUGGUGAGUGUUAUAAAGGUCGAGAAUGGUAUGAGUGCUUACUGUGGGAUGGUGCCAUGGGACGUCAGUGUUUAUGGUGCCUAUACUGCCCCUUUAAAAUAUCAGGGAUGUAAGAGAUACACCUUGGAACAUCAUGUACUACUUGCUAUCUAUGCAUUAAACUAACAGUUUAGUCUAUAUACCUCCGUAAAUAACAAGCAUGUAUUUUUAUGGUCGCCUGACUGACUCUGAAUGUCUUGCAUGAGGACAUCUAGUAUCAGUAAACUCCCCAUAGGAAAACAUUGAGUCAAUACUUUCCUAUGGGGAGGGGCUAAAGCGCUCCCUUUCUGCUAAUCAAGAGUUUAAUAAAUGUGUUUUAUGCAAAUAGCCACCAUACACAUUCCUUGAAAAGAAACACAAAUUGUUCAGCUUCCCUCAUUGCACAAUAUGUUUUAUUAUAUAUUAUAUCUUGCUCUGUUAAUUGCUGCUAGAUCCUACAUCAGCCUCCUGUGUGUGAUCAAGUUAAUUAAACAAGCAAGAGAUGGCACCUUCUAAAGUAAACAAACUGUGCUGUAAAAAAUAAACUUUUUUUUUUUUUUUUAUGGAGGUUGUGAGAGUCACAGCCAGGGGAGGUGUAGCGAGGGCUGCUUAAAGGGGCACUAUAGUGUUAGAAGCACAAAAUGUGUAAUCCUGACACUAUAGUUCUAAAACCACUGUUUAGGUGGUCAGCCCCCCUUACCUCUUGCUAGAAAGGUGAUUUUUGCCAUAGGAUUGGAUGAGAUCGUCAAUUCUGGUGAUCUCAGCCAAGGUGGCGGGGAGGGGGCGGUGCCAAACACUGCCCUGGCCAAUCAGCAUCUCCCUAAAGAAAUACAUUGAUUCAGUGCAUCUCUAUGGGGAAAGUUCAUGGAGAGCGUCAGUGCUGCACACUAUGUUCUGCUGACCAUAGUUCUGCUCUGUCCUUUUCUGCUGACCAUAGUGUCCCUUUAAACAAAACAAGUUGACUCCUAAAUGGCAGAGAAUAGAGCAGUGAAGCUACAAGGGCCUGGUCUAUGCAUCAAAAGCUAAAGUUGUUUAGAUGCUUAGUGUCCCUUUCAAUACUCCAGGUAGGAAAACCGUUUAUUAACCAAACAUAAAUCCUGCAUGUGACGAAGUGCCCUUCGCCACCUGUGCCUGGAGGGGACUACUGGCUAAUUUCCUGCGUUCCGACUAUGGCCCCUGUGCUGAUAGCUGUAUUUUACCCUGCAGAAAGGUUUAUUUGUGUAUUUCUGCCGGGGCAUUCAGGACUUUCAGUAUGUGAGUAGUGCUACCCCAGAUAGCUAUGCCAUGGAGCCUAUUCGUGUAAUGAAAGACUAUGGAAAAGACUUUGGCUCCAUGGCGAUUGAACUGUAUGUAUGUUAUCUGAGCGCCAUUCAGUAAUAAUGUGCGCUCAGAUCUAAGCUAUUUGGGAAUUUGUUGUAUGUAUAUGUUUAUGUAGUAAUUGUAACAUUGUGUAAUUUUAUGUCUUUUUGUAACCAUGUGGUUAAUGGAGUCUUGCCUCUGUCCUGGGAGAUAAUUUGAUUACUUCCCAAUUAUCUCCAGGAUAGAAAGGAGGGAUUGUGAUGUCACUGUGGGAGUGUUUUGUUUGUAUUGUCUGUGAUUGGCUAAUAUCCAAUAUGUGUCCCAUUGUUCCAUCAGGUCCUCUAGGGGAGUGUCCACCUGGUGGACACGCAUAAAUACCGGGCAGGUAGCCCUCAAUAAACCAGACCUACUUGCACCUUUCUUGAAGCCUUGGCUCAUGCUUGGGGGAAGGGAUACCUACACUCUGGGGAUUGCUAUAAUCACUUACUCCCCAGAGUAAGCUCUUGUAAGAUCUUGAUUUGUUCCUGCUACGCUCUCUGGAUUUAGGAGAGGUUCACCCACUGGGAGCUGGAUCCUGGUCGUGGAUCCAGGGUGGGUGAGAGACGGCGAGACCCCGGUGCAGCUGCAUUGCUGGAAGUGGGGUCCGCAGUGCUGAUGGUGUUGGUUGGAGUGCUCGGAGUCCUCGGCAAGCGCUUGGAGCAUCGAUUGGCAGAGGUACUCGGUCGGAGUGCCAGCGGUCCGUCACACUGCACCUUAUGAAUGCUACAUACUAUAGGACAGGAAAAAGUGGUAGAUCUGGCAAAACUAGGUAGAAACAAGACGUGUUAGCUGCAAGUUGCCUGCAAUGCUUAAUUUGUUCUGUAUUCAUAGAAACUUUGGUUCUACUCCAGGCAUUUUAACAUUUGUCAUAUAAAGCUACACUAUCCGUGACUUAUUCCACCGCAAGAACAACAUGAGGGCAAUGAUAAAGCAACACCAAUCUAUAAAAAUAGUCUGAGGUUUUCUUUUUCCAGAAUGCAUCUUGUGAUUGUGGUCAUGAAACCAUUAUUAACCUCUGACAAAUGUCUUCUACAUGUGUAAGUGUUGGGUUUGUUUUAAAGGGGCCACUUGUUUCCAUUGACAUUAGUAGUAUAAUUGCAUCCACAGAUACCAAUAAGAGAUGUAAGCGAUACCCAGGGGUUUAUUCACUAAGUAGUGAAUUAAAAAUCAAAGUUUUUAGAAAAACCGCCUGCUGAGCUCUUCUGCGUACAAUUUGCAAUUUAGUAUUCAAUUGCAGGAAUUUCUAUGUUUAGUGCGUAAACCUCAUUUAAACCUGGAUUUGUUGAGUAUUUAUUCUGGUAUUUCAAAUUUGAAACCAAGAUAGCUGGAAAUAUAGCUGAUAUCGUUUCUCCACUUUGGUAGAUUGACUUAAAAUGUGGAAUCUCCGUGUCAAUCUUCCACAAUUCCUGGUUAAUUAAACAAACCCUUACAUUCUGCGCAAUCAGACCUGGGCAUACAGUUGCCAGAUCAACAUUCUUGUCCUUGACACAUAGUAGCCUACAUUCUAACAAAACAUGAACUCUCCAAGCACUAUAAACACUACAGCAUGAGGUAAUUAUUCUACCAGGAGUGUCCUCGUACCCUCCUAGGGUAAUCCGUCAAGCCAUUUAAAAUGGAAUGACAACUUACCUGGGGUCUGGCGGGUAUCCAUGGUCUUCUCAGCUGAUGCUAAUAUUCCAGACAAAUAAAUGAUGGUCCAGCACUCCAGAUAUCUGCUCUCCACCUAUUUUAAGGCAAAAACAUAAAAAAUGAUGACGUCUCAAGUCACAAAGGCCUUGAUUUGACAAACGCUUUUGGUUUGGCUGAAACGUCGUCAUUUUUUAUGUGUUUGCCUUGAAAUAGAUGGAGAGCUGAUACCUGGAGUGCUAAACCAUUAUUUUUUGGUUUGCAAUACUAGAGAAGGUUACGGGUCCUUGCACCCUAUUGAAGGAUCAUUCUUGGAAUGUUUACCUCCUGUUUUGUAAAUUAACAGGCAAUAAUGAGCUCAGUCCUGCAGGGUCCAGUUUAUCACCCUUUGUACAGCGCUACAGAAUCUGAUGGCGCUAUAUAAAUAAUAAUAAUCAUCAUCUUAAUGCAGCUAUCCUGAUUCUCCGGAAAGUAAAUUCGAGAGGCAAGGUGCUAGCCUUGCAGUACACAGGUCAUUUUUCAAACAAUUUCUAAAAUGGCUUGACACAUUACUCUGGGAAUCCUUCCUUGAUUUAUUGUAUUGAGUUCCGUUCGGCAGCAUAUGAACGCUACAUAUAACAGGGUAGUAGUUUGUUUAAUUUGCCACCCACCAAAGUGGAGUGAUUAGAUAUCAUAAACAAGAAAACGCAUGAAGGAAUUACAGCUAUUUGGGGGGGGGUUUAUUUUUCUAUAGUGAUAUAGUUUGUUCUUUUCUGAUGCUCUGUUUAAUUGAUUUUUAUAUAAAGUACAGUUUGCUUAUAUUUGGGGUUUACCAUUCCUUAAUCCAGAUUACACUGCUAUUUGUAUUUUAGCAUGUUGCUUGCAUGCAUCCAAUGUUUUUGUCUUUAAUUAAGUGAUAUGUAUUUUUCUGUGAGAUUUAUUCCCUAGAAAUAAAUUGUAAACAAAACUGUUCAAUGUAGACGAGAAUUGCUGAUUUGAAAAAAGAAUCUCCAUCUCAACUAUAGAGAGCUGUUUAUCUUGAAUUUUUCAACUUAUUUUAAAAAUUAACAACAUUUUAGUGAAAAAAAAUCUGUCAAAAUAAUGUAGGCAAAAUGACCGUUCUAUAGCUUAGCUUUAAUACAUUGUUUAGUUAAUAAACAGCUUAGUGGAAGUUGAUUUAAAAUUGAUAGGAACAUGCAGAAUGUAGCUGUAACAGGGAACUGAGGAUUCCUUCCUAAUAUUUACUGAGAAAUUCCUGUCUUCCUUUGUUACAAAGUUCUUGCAGCUGCUGUUACUUUAUCUGUUGUUUGUCAUAUCAUGAUUGUGAAUCCUCAAUAAACCAUAAAAGGGAAAACUCUCAUAUAACCGUAGUCUCAAGAUUAUUUAUUUACUAAACUGUGAAUUGUGGAGAAUUGACAAGGGAAGACAGGCCUUACGGCAGCAAGUUUGUUUUUUCUUAUAAUAAUAAUAAUAAUAAUAGUAAAUGUACAGAACUCCAGUGGCAGACGGAAGAGCUGCACCCACCCUUCCCCCUGCACAAUCCAGGGUCUGCAUUGUACAGACCGCCCUCGCUGCCUGCAGGAGGACAUCCCCUUCCCCUGGCACCCAGGCAGGCUGCCUGCUCAGGUAAGGCCCUGGUCUCUGGCUGUCACUAGGCCUCUGCUAUGCCUUUUAUUUAGGGAAGUGCGGCCAGGGCUGCUUGGAAACCUGAUGUUCCUGAGACCGAGGCCUAAUUUAGUUAUUUGAUUCGAAAGAUUAAUCCCUGGCUGUUGUAGAACUGCAACUCCCAUGAUACUUUGCAAGUCUUGCCAUUGGCAAAGCACCAAGGGAAAUGUAGUUUAGCCACCUCCCUUUUUAGCCAGUACUGGUUUGAGUUUAGUAUAGCCUUGCUUUACUGUGUAAGGGUUGGUUUGCAUUAACAAUGGUUUAGUUUAGCAAUUCAUCUGGACAUUUGCUAAUAAAGCAUACCUCCCAAGUGUCCCUAUUUAGGGGUGACAGUCCCUAUUUAGGGGUGACAAAUCUCUCUAUCUUUUUUUCUAUCCUAAUGUCCCUCUUUUCUAGGAGCUCCGUAUUGUUGGUGUGUCUGAGUGAAUAACAGAGCUCCACAGCAAUAAUAACAGUAAUGUGUCUUUAAACUACAAUAAAUGUGUUUAGCAAAUCAGUCUGUAUCAAUAAGAUACACUGUUCUUGUUCUAAAUUAUAUUUUAGUUGCUUAAAUCGUUAUUAGUAAGUCACCUACGAAGUCUCAGCUCCUUACUUACACCCCUAAAAUUAAAGUGUCCCUCUUUGUCCAUUUGAAAUAUUGGGAGGUGUGUUAUAUUUUUUUCUAAAUAAUAUCAAAAACGGUUUCUGAUGUGUUGACUAGUACCAUAAUGCACUAGUGCUUUAAACACCCAAGGAGUAUAGGAGCUGAUUUACCCUUAACUAAUUAGGUAUAGGAGCUGAUUUACAGGUUAGCCCCUGCCCUGUCAUCACUAAUGGAUUAUAGGUGCUGUUUUACAAGUUAGCCCCUGUCAUCACUAAUGGAAUGCUACUAUUCCACUUUAUCAGAAUAUGUUUCACUUCAUGCUCAGCUACUAGUCAGACCAGUUAGAAAUAGCCUGUGUGUGUGUUUAGUGGGCUCUGCAACUAAUUAUUGAGUGGUUUUUAUAAUGUAUCCAGAUCCAAAUAUGGCAUUCUUUUUACCUUAAAGGAACACGCCAUUAAUUUUAUAAACUGUUGCAAGCAUGACUAAAGUGUGCUGUAUGUGUGUGGAGUCUUCUUUUAAUACAUACCAUCAUUAUGUUUAAUUUAUAUUACAUGACAGGAAACUUGGGAUUCUUUUAAACCAUGUGUAUCCUAGUCUGCCAGAGAUUAGUGCGAGUUAUACUCCUGGGUAAUAGUCUCUAUUUACAGCAGUCACCACUAAUUCAAUCUCUCUCAUGAUUCUUAUAGAAUGGCCAAGGACCUGGGGAGACAGGAAAUAGUCAUGUAUGUGUCUACUCAACUCCUCUCUUACCAUAUUGCUGUGAGGAGAGGGGCAGAAUUAACAAAUAACUCCCAAUACUCCGGGGCAAACAGGAACAUGUAUGUCUGUGCGUUGCCAUGAGAUUAUCCAUGUAAUAAACUUUAUUCAUAUACUUUCUUCUUUCCAUAUCUUUCUAAAAAAAAUCACCCAAAAUAUUUUAUAUUCAUAACAUCCAUUCUAAAACAUAUAUAAGUUUAUUCUACUCUCCAAGCAAACCACAAUACAUAAGUAAAAAAAAAACAAAAAAACAGAAUGUUCUGCUUAACGAUAUUACAGUCAGAGAGACCUUCAUUGGAGAGUAAGCUUGUUUAUCCAGAAAGACCGGAGAACACUAGAGCAGUGAAAUGUGGUCCUUUUUGUCUACUGUUCUAUUAUAGACUCGACUAUAAUCACAUCAGAACUUUUAGCUAAAACUCUGCCCACAUAAGGACACAUAUGAAGACCCUCACUCCUCUUAAUAUACUAUAUACCCCAUUCCAGACUUCUCAUGGUACAUCAUAGCAAAUUACCAUCUGUUCUUUUUAACCCGUUAGACACCCAUAUCUAAUAUGAAUAGGAACAUAUAACACGUAAUAUUCUACAAUCCACACGCACUGUGUCCGUCAAAGCGUGUGUAGCGGAGAUGCAAUAUUCCCCAGGUAUCUCCGCUUAUAAUCCAAGUGAGGCUCAGGAACAAGUAAAUUGUAAAUCCACAGACAAGGUCUCCAGCAGGCAAAAUAACAGCAAUAUCCCACAGCAAUCCCAAUAACUGGACGACACAGUUUCAGGAGCAAAACUGAAAACACACUGGCCUUUUAAAGCAUGUUCCCAUGCAAGGGAGGGAUUUACAAUCAUUAGUACAGUAGCCAAUCCUGUCCUGGUAACCUCUCACACAUCUCCUCCCCUCAGCCGGCAUCAUAAUCCCCUUAUCCAGUACAGUAAUUCCCCUCAUUUCUGGAUGUACCCCUAAACGUAGGCGUACCCCUUUAAAUCCUACACCCCCCGAUAGCCUUGAUCUGGGUGAACAACAUAUCCAAAAAUCACCCAGAUCAGACCAGGGGUUCUGGAAAUUUAUGGAGGGAAUAAAAUGACCGACCGCACUGUUCCAUGUGAAUGGGCCCUGCGGUCGGUCCUGGAGUAAGGGAACAAACUGCACGAAAACCUCUAGCUAUAGAGGCUAGGGAGGGUUCGCCUGAAUCCCCUCGUUCGGUUCUUUCUCUCUACCGAACGAGGGGCCGUUCGGUAGUUAGGAACCGAACGGACCGGGCUUGUGGAGGAUUCAACGGUGUUCGCCUAGUCGAGUGUCCAAUUUGAGUUCCAGACACUCGACGGCAAAACACUGCUGUUCGGGAGUUUUAAAAUGGCCACCGCCACGUGUUCGUUUGUCGAAUGGCGGCCACCCCCGAGAACAAAGGACGGCUACUUUACUUGUCAAUUACCCGUUUGCAACAAUGUUGCAACGGGUAAUUGAGGACACACUUCACACAGGGGAGGUCUGACUGUUCGGUAGUUUCAUUCGAACAAACUAGGGGAAUGAAGCUACCUUACAUUCAGACGAAUCCAAUACAUUUUACACAUAUAACUUAACUAUUUUACACAAAUACAUUCCCUUACUGCAAAGACAUUUAGCAAAUAGACGUAUACAGUUUAAACAUAAUGUAAGUUCCAGGGCAUCUUGUGGCCAUCCGCUACAGCGUGCAUUACAUAGGGCACUUCGGGGUUUGAAAACAUGAUCUGACUUUUUAAAAAUAAUAUAUCUGCCAUUUUCCCCAAUUCUAUAAAUUGAUCUUGCGGUGUAAAUGAAAAGUGAUACCCAAGAUUAUAUGGAAUUUGCAGUUCCUUUAGAAUCCAUCAGCCAUAAAGUGUGAUUGCCAUUUCAUAAGAUUAGUCUGGCAUCUCUAGUUCAAUAGUCAAUUAGGAGAGAUUAACUCAACUCUGCUAUAGACACAGCUUGGAUUUUUAUUGCAAAGAUUUGCCCUUUGCAUCUCAGUUUAUUACAGUUUGUAGUUUACUGGAUAAACUUUAUCGUAUGUGCCCAAUAAAAUAAAAAGGGUUAUUCUCUAAAGAGACCAUUCAAGGUGAAAUCAAAUGGAUUUUCAAAUUUAAAGGAACACUAACGUGUUUGGAAUACAAACAUGCAUUCUUAAGAGUAUAGUGCUGAUUUGGCUGUUUAGGUGACCAGCCCCCUCAGAUUGCCGUGACAAGGUAAUUUUACUCACACUUUCUCCUUCACCGCACCAGUCAUGCCAUGGCUGGCCCCUCUCCCAUGGCUGAGAUCAUCAGUCGUGAUGAUCUCAGUCAAUCCAAUGCAUUCCCAUAAGAAAGCAUUGGGAGGCUAUUACACGUGUGGCAAAACGUUUCGCUAGUCUUCGUAGUGAUACAUUGAAUCAAUGCAUUUCUGUUGGGAACAUUCAGCGUCUUCAUGCAGAGUGUGGAGAGGCUGAACAUCACUGCUGCAUAUUGUGCAACACUGAACCAGGAAGCACCUCUAGCAGCCAUCUGAGUGACUGUCACUAGAGGUUUUGCUAAGCAGCAAUGUAAACAUUGCCUUUUCCCUGAAAAGGCAAUAUUUACAUUAAAAUGCCUGCAGGGACAUACUAUAGACAACAGAAGGACUACACCAUAGUGUCCCUUCAAGGCCAGAACAGCUGAGCUGGAAGCAUGACUUAUUCAGAGAAUCUUUCCAAUUCAGCUAUUUUAGCCUUCAAUUUAAAAUUCACUUUCAAUUCUCACUGUAGUGAAUAACACCGUAGGUAUUGUAUAAAUAUUUGUUUACAAUAUGCAUUAAUUGAAAUGCGCACUUAUAACAUAAAGACUUUUUAUACUCUAUCACUCUGCCUAGCUGGAGGUAAACAUUGUGUUGGUGGUAAAAUUUCAUGUGAACUAGUUACAGAAUAUUAUUGCUGAAAUAUCUGUGAUCAGGGAACUUCCUGAGAUAAUAUCAAAACAAGUCAGAGGUGCUGAAACAUACUGCAGUCACUGCUCCCAUUGUAGUGUGCAAAUCGGGCUUUGUACCUGCUCAGCUUGUUCUGUACGGGGCACAAAAGACUCCGAGCUUUAACUGGUUGUUUAUUGUAGCGUGUGUCUAUACCGCACUUUCUGGUAAUAUACAUUUCUAGUUCUUUAAAGGCUCUCUCCGCCUAGUCUGCUGAUCUAUACAAAUAAAAAAAAAAGUCUAGAAGUCAUUUUACAUUUCUGACAAAAUAAGUUUUGGGGGGGUGGGGGGGGAAAUGAGAUGUACAGGCGUAGCUCACUAAUACAACUGGUUAGGUACCAGACCACCGCUGUAAAUUAAAUCACAGGUUUUUGUGGGGUUUUCCAUUUGCUAGUAAAUGGGGGGGGGAACCUUAAAACAUGUUUAUGCUAUCAUACCAUAUAUGUAUUAUACAUGAUAGAAGACAAAACUACGUGACGGAGUUAGAAGAAGACUGUUACGAUGUUUGCAUUGGUUGUAGGGUAAUUAAGGGCAUAACCCAACAUACUAAUUGAUAGCUAAAUUGGAUCAGGCCUCAAAGAAGAGGACACGAUACCAAUAGAAUUACCCGCACAUCAGUAGAUAUUCAACAGAGAAAGCUCAAAAGAGCCAACAGUAAUAAUAAAAACAUAAAUAUAUACAAAAUAAUGCCAAAUAUUUUAUUAACUCCCAAUUGGGAUAAUGGGCAUACAAUCAGUGAUUAACGUGAAAUAAUGUGAUACAUAGAUCCUUAAAAUAGGAUAGCUACUUAGUGUUAGAUAAAUCAAAAUAGAAUGCUCACAAUCCGGAUACAAAGUAAAGUAGUUAUAUUGAUUACAAUGUUGCACUAUGGGAAUUGCAGAAGUCCUGUGUAUCCAUGAUCUAUAAUGUCUAGAAAUUGUCACCUCUAGCUUGUACAUUCAUCAAUUCUACAUAUACACUCCAGUUGGAUUGUAACGAAGGGUGAAUCAUGAGAUUGAUCCUAUAUAGAUUCCCAUAGGGAGUGAUAAAUAGUUACUCUAAUUUGAUAUUAGAAGGGGAAGUAUGGGGGUAGGAAAGCACCACAUAUAAAUGUGUAUAUAAAAAGCUUCCUUAGAUAGAAAAGAGUUUCAAUACACUUCAAAUUCUUAUAUGCUAGAAUACAAAAAGUUGUAUAAUAAUAAUCACAAAAUAAAAACCGAGGCAAGGACUGCAGUUAACCCCAGGUUGCUGAGAUAGAUUGCUACUGGGUCUCCUAGCCGUAACAAUAGAAGUGUGUCCCAAAUAAAUGCCCCUAUUGUGGUAUAAACCAUGAAAUGAAGAUGCAAUAUUAGGAAUCCUUUUAGCAGUAUAACACAGUAGUAUUACCAGGGUAAAUCCUAUUCUCCGUAAACCCUGGAUAAGUAGUAGAAGUAUAAAUACAGUGUCCUAAUUUGCAAAACAACGGAGUAUGAGCAGAGAUUGCUAAGAUAUUUAAAUUGAGCAAUUAUAUAUUAAUGUGCAAUGAUAGGACGAAUAAAUGCUAUCCUUCAUACAUAGCGCUAACAGGGUAAUAUAUAUAUGCAGAAGAAAUAAUCCACCCCCCUUAAAUGCUACUUCGAGGCAGCCCCCUUCUAACCAAAACUAGAAGUCCCGAGUCUACACUCAAGCUAGACAUGUCCCUAAAGAUUAGUCUAUCCAAAACUAAAAGCAAAAAGCGAGCAUUCGCUCGACGCGCGUUUCAGCGCUUCCAAAAAAGAGGGAGGUGAAUAGGAAUGUCCUUAGCAGAUAGGACAUAGUCCCCAAUAAACCUCCAGUAUCAGUGGUCCAGUAGAUUUGCUCGCACCGCUCCUCCGGCUGCAGGCUGACUUCACUCUUUUCUUCCUGAGAGCACAGCGCUGUUGGAGCAUUGUCAUAGUAACUCGUGGCAACGCUCCAACUUGCUUGCUCGUGGGAGGAUCUCAGCCUCCCGGGUCGUCCUCCUAUCCGGCAGUCUUCCGGGUCCGAACUCUCUCCGUCGCUGGGGGAUCUUUUUUGACGCUGGAAGUCCGUGUGGAUGUCCAUUGUCAAAUAAGUGCAAUGUACUCAGUGCAAAUCACAGUAGCGCCUCUAGUGGUUGUCAGUCCUUUAACUAACUGCAGGUCCACUCAGUCACUUGUGUAGUAGUUGUCUGACCUUCAUUACAGUGAUAAAUCAUAAAGGGGGCACUAAAGGCACCACUUCAUCAGUGGUUUUUUUAGUAGCCACUCGAGGUGAUUCGCCUGUGAGAACAGAGUCAGACUUCUCACAGCCAACCUCCAUUCCAGAAGAGUCGGGUAACAUCGCAGGAAGUGGAUCGAGUGGCUGCAGAGACCAGGAUCCUGAGUUAAACCCUUAAGGACCAAACUUCUGGAAUAAAAGGGAAUCAUGACAUGUCACACGUCAUGUGUCCUUAAGGGGUUAAACCCUUUUAUUUCGACUUUUAUUUAGACAGAGGAGCUUGAUUCUAAAUGUGGUGAACACUCUAGUGUUAGGAAACAGGUGUGCACACACCAAAUCACUAAUAUAACUCACAAUCAAGGAACCAACAGGUCUCUUCAAGGUGAGAACUCACACAGGGUUAUUCACAAAGGUGAGAAUUCAAAGUGAAUUUUACAUUGAAGGCCUGGGCAGCUGAAAGGCAAGAUUAGCUCACUUGGAGAAUGUUUCCUGUUUGGCUAUUUUAACCUUCAUUUUGAAAUUCACUUUGGAAUCACCUUGAAUUCUCACUUUGGUGAACUCAAACUGCAUUUUGAAUUUAGCUGUGACAUAUAUUUGAUAUCAUGUAACAAUUUACCAGCAUUGAGCGUCUGCAUUGAAUUGCCCUUCAGAGCCCCCCUUGGACAAAUCAAAACCACUGAAGACAUUCCCCCAGCACAAUAAACGAGACAAAAAGACAAACCGUAUUGAUGACAGCACUGCCAUCAAACAGAGCCACGAGUUGACAUGACUCGUGUAACCAAGGGCUGUUCACAAGGCUUGCUCAGUCUAAACCGAAUCCUGCGCUGGGUGAGAAUCUUUCUGUUUUCACAGUCUGUCUUUCUAACCUAUCCCACGCCUGUUAUCGCAUGAGUACUUCUAAAACCUGUCCAACCCCUUUAAUAAAUACAAAAAUCUUUCUGAUCAGGAAUUCAUUAAUUUGAACUUCUGCUAAAUAUUACGAUUUAUGCUAAUUACUUUUCCCAUCGGGGGACAGAAAAAAAAAAAACUCCUCCUGUUGUCAUUGAAUGUUAACUGCAAGCAGAUUUGAUGUGAUUUUGAAAAAAUACCAACCAGUACAUUUUUCAUCUACAGGAUUCUAAGAAUCAGAAAAUAUAAAAGCCUAUUUAAUGAGCCGUGCAGAGGGUUAGAGUAAGAAAAGAAAAGACAUGUUUAUCACUCACUAACCAUAUCUUAUAGUCCCUUUUCAAAGCUCUAAUAGGUGCAACAAAAUGUUAAUCUCUGCAGCAGGACUGGUAUAAACAAUAUGCCCAAUUUUACUAUAGGACAGCUCUAAUUGGACCAAGUGAGAGCGAAUAAAUACUUUAUUUUAUUUCUAAUCAUGACUGAAAUUUUCCUGUUAUAAUGGAACUGACAAUUAUCAAGUGUUUUUAUGUUUACUAAUUCCCUAUAUUUAAGAAAAUAUGUUUGUGAUGUCUAAAAAAACUAAUCUUUAAAUGUAGAAACCCACACCUCUAACCUGUCAUGUCUUUAAUUUGGCUCAUCGUUAUAAAGGUUUCUCUUUUCUGUCUUUGGGCACAGUGUGUCGUGGAGGGAUCAGAAAACAAUGGGAUUAUGUAAAAGGUGUCUCCAUGAUAUAUGUGGUUCAAUGAUAAUACAAAUUGCAGUCUACGUUUAUCUAAAAAAAACUAUCACCACCAUUGAUACAUCCCUGAGGGACUGCUGUGUCCAAAAAUGAAAAGCAUACUAAUUUUAUUAUUUUUACAUAUUUUGUGUGUGUGUAUAUCUAUAUGUGUGAGCUUUUUUAGGUCCCUUUAUUGAAUUAAGGUUCUUUGUCAUAUUUCUGGAUGCAGUGCAGAUAAACCCAGAAACAUUGCAACUGUGAAAACAGUCAUACAUGUGCCACACUUUGUUCUUAUGUAUAAAUCAGGCAACUUACAAAGUAAUAUAUAUGACCGAGUAGAAAUGGAUUAAAAUUAGAACUUGCACCAUUAUUUAUACACAUUCCCCAAUUAUUUUAUUAACCUCCUCAUUUGUUAAUGUAUGCCUUGUCUGUGUCAGGACUUAACUGGAUUGUGACUUAUUUUGCUAAAUCUUUAAUAUCCAUUUACAGAGAAUAACUCAGUCUCAUGUAAGGCAUGCAGUUCUCUGAUGUUUGCGUUUAUCUGUCUUCUAAUCUGCUCUUUAGCAUUGCUCUGAAUGUUGGCAUUCUGUAACUGGAACUAACUAGAACACGUGCCGUUAUAAAUUAUUAAAGGGCUUGCUGUAUUUGUUUUAGUCUUCGGUGUGAAAACAGAUGAAUGUUAAUGUAACUAAACCCAAGUAAUGACUAUUUGCAUGUUUUUUUAAAGGGAAAGAAAACGGUCCGCCCUGCCGGUUGCUGUGUACCCAGGAAUUCUAAAUCACCAGCGAGGAUGGGGAGUUCGAGCAGCGUACAGUUCUGUGGAAUUCCCAACGGGAAAGGGCCGCACACGGUCGGCUGCACUGACCUUAUGAGUGAUCAUACCAUUCAGGUAUCAAAAUGAAUCAUUGAGAGAGAAUGUAGGUGUGUGCAAUAUUUUACAGCAUGCAGUACCUUCCUACCAGGAGUUCAGGGUAGUGUAAAAAUCAAAGAAGGAAACAAACUGAUCAGAAUCAAUGCUCCAUUUCCAUGCACUGAUCAAUAAGCGAUGAAACUUGGAUUAUGGAAAAGUGAUGUCUUCAAGGGUUCCUGGGUUGAUCAUGAGCCUUCACAAUAAUCUCUUGGUUAAUGGAUGCCUACAGGACCUUUUUAUAGACCUACCUUUUUCCAUAACACACUGUUCUCUGUUUUGUAUUUUUUAUUUUAUAUUAUUUGCACACACAAAAACAAAAUAAAAAUAGUUCUUUAAAAGUGUCUUUCUUUAAUUGAAAGUUUAUUUACUUCCAAAACUUCUUGAAUUACUUUUGGGUAGAGAGAUAGGGUUAAUGGCAGUAACGGAAGCAUGACACUGUAACUCCUAUCAAUCUCAGGCAACCCAGGACGAAGAUUUUGUGCGUCCCACUAUUUAUUUUGUUUAUUCACAAGGUGCAAUAUGGUGAAGCCAUAUUGCAGCGUGACAUCACACUAUGUAAUACGGAAUUGAAGCUAUAUAAAUAACAGCAUUUCAUGUAAAACGCAUUGUUUCUUUAAAUGGUGCCUUGCUUAUGUAUAUAAAUUACACAUACCUCGUGAACUCGUGUUAUGGUGAUUUUGUUCUGUUACAAAGGUUGUGGUUUAUCUCUUGGCAUUAGGCCUUAUCUGCAGACUGUCAGCAUUCCUAAGUCAUUCAAUGCAGUUUUACAUUAAUGAAAUGGAAUUUAAAUCUUUAUGUAAAGUAAAUGUGUCAUAAAUAAUAAUCUACAGGUUGCAUUAUUUAAAAAAACUUUUUUUUUUUUUUUUAUAAAAAGCAGAGAAUUGUAAAGAUGUCACCACAGAAAUGGAAAUAAUAGGCCCAAAAUAGCAGAUUUGUAAAAAGUUACAAAACUUGACAAUUUUUCCAUCUAUGCUAGUUUGGCUAGAUUUCAUUUUUCCAUAUACCUUAGCUUACUGAGUAACCGGCGCAUGUGCACAUACUUUAUUGCAGAUGAUUAUUCCAUCGAGAUGUGUGGCGUACACUUAUUUACCAAUCUUUUUUCCACCAGCUAGAACAAUGGAUAACAAGACUUUUUUAAAUAAAAACAUACAAUCAUAAGUGCAGGUUUAGAUGGAAUCUGCGAAUAUUCUGCCCAAAACUGUGUAGACUGUAGUCUAGGGUAGUGUUAUACAUAGUGGGUAGUGUCAUGGAAUCUGAGCAUAUUCUGCCCAUAACUGUGUAGCCUGUAGUCUAGGGUAGUGUUAUACAUAGUGGGUAGUGUCAUGGAAUCUUAGAAUAUUCUGCCCAUAACUGUGUAGACUGUAGUCUAGGGUAGUGUUAUACGUAGUGGGUAGUGCCAUGCAAGUGGUGUUUGUGCCUACUGAUUGUUUUUGUUCAGCCUGUUAAUGCCUACUGCUUAUAUCAUGAGCCUGUCUAUGGCUUUCCCCACUUCCCUGCCCCCUGUCAACGAGCCCAGGUAUGCUUCUAGGGUGCAAAUAAUUUGAAGUAGAAGAGGAACGUGUGAUAUUUGCAGAUUGUGGUUUUUGUAUGAAUUGUAUUAUGUGUAAAAAAAACUAAUUUUUUAAUUUUUUUAUUUUUUUUACUGCAGGGUACGUUUCUGCGUCUCUUCUACCCUUGCUCAAACAGUGGAGAAUAUGAGGAUGCAGUAUGGAUUCCCAAAAAACAGUAUUAUCUAGGUCUUGCUGACACCCUUAAAUUAAACCGCACUGUGGUCAACUUUAUCUUUAGUCACUAUUUUGGUAAGAAGCCGAAAAUAUCUGCAAGUUUUUGAAAAUGAUUCUCUUCAGUUAUAUGAAAUUAUUUAUAUAGUGCCAACUUAUUCUGCAUCGAUGUACAGUAGAAAACAAGACAAACCUGUAAUUCUAUCAAAACAUGUAUGAUAUACCAGUGGGGUACCUCAGUGAUCUGUACUUGGACCCAUUCUCUUUAAUAUUUUUAUUAGUGAUAUUGCAGAAGGUCUUGAUGGUAAGGCAUGUCUUUUUGCUGAUGAUACUAAGAUAUGUAACAGGGUUGAUGUUCCAGGAGGGAUAAGCCAAAUGACAAAUGAUUUAGGUAAACUAGAAAAAUGGUCAGAAUUGUGGCAACUGACAUUUAAUGUGGGUAAGUGCAAGAUAAUGCAUCUUGGACGUAAAAACCCAAGGGCAGAGUACAGAAUAUUUGAUAGAGUCCUAACCUCAACAUAUGAGGAAAGGGAUUUAGGGGUGAUUAUUUCUGAUGACUUAAAGGUAGGCAGACAAUGUAAUAGAGCAGCAGGAAAUGCUAGCAGAAUGCUUGGUUGUAUAGGGAGAGGUAUUAGCAGUAGAAAGAGGGAAGUGCUCAUGCCAUUGUACAGAACACUGGUGAGACCUCACUUGGAGUAUUGUACACAGUACUGGAGACCGUAUCUUCAGAAGGAUAUUGAUACCUUAGAGGGGGUUCAGAGAAGGGCUACUAAACUGGUUCAUGGAUUGCUGGAUAAAACUUACCAGGAAAGGUUAAAGGAUCUUAACAUGUAUAGCUUGGAGGAAAGACGAGACAGGGGGGAUAUGAUAGAAACAUUUAAAUAUAUAAAGGGAAUCAACACCGUAAAGGAGGAGACUAUAUUUAAAAGAAGAAAAACUACCACAACAAGAGGACAUAAUGAAAGUAUUUAGAAAAUUGGGCAGACUAGAUGAGCCGAAUGGUUCUUAUCUGCCGUCACAUUCUAUGUUUCUAUAUACCAGAACAGUGAUUAAAGAGAGCCCUGCCCAAAUGGGAUUCAAAUCUAAAGGGUUUAUAACGUAAGUGCAUGUACAUACCUUCAUAUAUGAAUCAUAUAUAUUGCGAGUAUAGAGUUUGCCUUUAUUAUUGAUUAUACUCAUACAUUGGCAUUAACUGCUUCCUUUCAAUGAAGCAGUUGGGAUACCAACAGACCAUUGGCUCUGUUUUAAAUGGAAACUAUGGUUUGUUUUCCUGGCACUAUAGCUUCCCCCUCUCUCAUGGCCCCAUUAAUAACCCCUUCUGUCACUUACGUGGGUCCAGCGCCGAUGUCCGUAGUCAGCCGGCGAGGGAGACCUAAUGUGCAUGCGCGGCAAUGGCAGUGCUCACAUUAGGAUUUCCCCAUAGAAAAGCAUUAUUCAAUUCUUUCCUCUGGGGAUCCCUGUGACGCUGGAUGUCCUCAUGCACAGGGUGAGGACGUACAGUGUUAUUUAGGCGACCAAAAGUCACCUUCAAGCACGGAAAUCCCUCUGGUGGCUAUCUCGGAGGAGUUAACCCUAGCAGGUAAUUAUUGUAGUUUACAAAAAAAAAAAGCGUAAUAAUUACAUGCUCCGGGUUAAGGGGGAUGGGACAGUGCACCUAGAUCACUUGAAUGAGCUGAAGUAGUCUUGGUGCCUACAGUGUCCAUUUAAGUUCAAGUAUUAAACGGGGGUUAAACAGGGGUUAAAGUGUUGAAGAGGUGACCGUAAGCAGAGAGUAUCUCACUGGUCACCCAUCACAAGCAAAGGUUAAAAAUGUCCUUAAAUCUACUUAUGAUGGACAGUGAUAGACUGAAAGUAUCAUAAGCCCAAUUCAAUUUUAUUUAGUCUAAUUUUUGACGCAUGAGUGUCUUAUGAGCAGCUGUGCGUAUAAUUAAUUUUAUAAUCAAACAAAAAAAGCACACAAAUAAUAAAAAAAAUUAAAUAUAAAACCUGAAACAAAUAUAUAAAAUAUACCAGCACUGUCCACACAAGCACCAACAAACGAUCGCAAAAACUAUAAAUUAGUGCUCCAAGGGUUAACCACACGUGUUAUACUUUAGCGGCUGUGUGAAGCUGGUCCCCUACAACCAGCACACUUGGAUAAAUCCACUGUGUUUCAUUAAUGUUACGUUUGGGCUGUUUUGUGAUGUAAAAAUCAAGUUUUGUUCUGCUUUUAUUAUUAAAAUAACGUCAAUUGUUUUGAGUUAUUACCGAUCUAAAUCAAGCUCGCCAUAGGUCUUAAAAACCCUUACUCUUAGAUACAAUAGUGCCAGGAAAACAAACCCUGUGGAAUCCUGGAGUGCCCCUCAUCCUGCGUGUGCCGCAUUAGACCUCCCCAUAGGAAAGAAUUAUUCAAUGCUUUCCUAUGGGGAUUCCGGCGACGCUGGAGGUCCACAUGCAUAGCGUGAGGACGUCCUCUAAGAAGCUGGAAGUUCCUCUAGUGGCUGCUUGAUAGACAGCCACUAGAGGAGGACUUAAUCCUGCAAGGUAAUUAUUGCAGUUUAUAAAAACUGCAAUAAUUACCCUUCCAGAGUUAAGGGUGGUGGGAGUUGGCACCCAGACCACUUCAAUUAGCUGAAGUGGUCUGGGUGCCUAGUGUCCCUUUAAGGUACUUUGUAAGAAUUGGCAAGUUUUAUAGUGUCUUUUAUUUAAUGCAAACAUCUGAUUGGCUUAUAAUCUUUACUAAAAAGCCUGUAUACAUAAUAUUGUAUUAUAUACAUUGACACAGGGACACCAGACAAAGCAUAUGCUGGUGAUUAACCCUUGGAGUGCUAAUUUGGUUUCUUGAUAAUUCAGUGUUUAUAGGAAGUACCUUGAGCAAAACUCUUUGCAUGUAUCAAGUUGUAACAGACUGACGGAAUACAGUCUUUAAAUAUGUAUUUUAUUAAGUAUUGAUUUUAAAAUUGUGGUAAUUCAAACUGUAAGUAAUUUUGGAAAGAGGUGUGCAUAUAUUGUAUACCUCUCUAGUAAUUACAAAUUGAAUUAUAUGAUACGCUUAGAAUCCACUAAUGAAGAAUGUAAAAAUGUAAGUGUGCCUUCUCUCGUUGAGGUAUUGCCUUGAUCCAUAUAGGGUCUGGAUCCCCUGCAGAAGAGUGUGAAUUGUCGGGAAUUUAGGGAAAUUAGUGAAUUUUACCUAUAGGCCAAGAUAGAAAAACUGAAAACAUUUUUUUUUUUUUGAAUUUUGUGAGAUCCACUAGAAUUUUAAAUUAAUGCUAAAUUCCUGGCUAGUCAUGAAUUACCAUGACGAUUUAAUUAACUGAAAAUGUCAAUUCUAGAAAAAAGUAUUGGUGAAGGUAGACUGAAAUAUUAGGAUUGUGACUGUGACCGGGUAAGUUUAAAAUAUAAAAACGAUUGACCAUUAUUGAGAAAAUACUCUGGGUAUUCCACUUGACAUUUUUAAGGGGUUUUUCACUACACCACAUUUUGAACGCAAGGACAAAACCUGGUGAUAAUUACUGAAUUCCGACUGCAAUGACAAUUUGCAGAUUUACUAAAAGCCAAUUCCGGUCGGAAUUCGGUGGGACCAAAUCAGGGCCGGACUGGGAGAAAAAUUCGGCCCGGGCAUUUUUUUAACACAGCGGCCCACUAAGAAAGGGGUGGGGCAGAGGAGGUGUGUUUUGUCAUCACCAAUGACAAACACGCCCCCUCUCAAAGUGAGCAUGUUGGUUCAAUGCUCUUUCAGGGCAGACCAUGCACAGAGCUCUGCACUGUGCAAGCAAAUUUAAUAACAUGCUUGCACUGUGUUUCCUUGCAACUUGUCUCUGGUGUCUCUCUAAAUGAAUACCAGGAGACAAAAAUGCCAGGAAAGAGUAUUGUGCAUGUGUUUGGAGCCUGCUUGUGGUAUUGCGUGUGUGUAGAGUGAGCUGAUUGUGGUAUUGUGUAAUAAGGUUAGUUUUAGUCAUGUUGUGUUUGUGGUGUAAUGUGAUGCAUAUGUGGGUAUGGGCUGUAGAGAAUGUGUGUAUUGGGGAUAUAGCAAGUGUGUGCAUACAGGCUAUAGUGUGUGUGUGUGUGUGUGUGUGUGUGUAUAUAGGUGAUGUAGUGUGUGUUUAGGGGUGUAGUAUGUGUUUGCUUACAAGGAAUCUAGUGUGUAUGUUAAGAGUGUAGUGUGUGCGUGUGUGUGUGUGUGUGUGUAUGUAUGUAUGUAUAUGUGUGUAUAUGUGUGUAUAUGUGUGUAUAUAUAUAUAUAUAUAUUUUUUUUUUUUGGAAGUAUUGUGUGUGGUGCAGUGUGUUGGGGGGGUUCUGUGUGUAUGUGAGGGGUGCUGUGUGUUUAUUAUAGCUGAUUAUUUAGUGAAUAAACCCAGUGACAAUGAUUUUUCAUUAGGGAAAAUUGCUGCAAUUAUGAGAAACUGUAAAUUCCCAAAGAUAAAGGUGUAUUUCUCUUUACUUAGAGUAUACACUUUCGAUUCCAGUCUAUCUCACUGUUGUAGUCAGCAUUUUCCAGCCCGAUUUAUUUACCAUUUAUCUAAUGGGCUUAUAGCUUGUCACAAACCCCAGGGAAUUACACCCUAUAUAUUGGGUGCUAUUCCCAUAAUAGUGGUUUGAUCACAUUUCGUGCAGAUAUUUUUGGCUCACCAAGGAGCUCCCUGAAAUGUGUUACAUCAUAGAUACUUCAGUAUGACAUGCUACUUUGAACACACUAGCUCACAGUUACCUAUUGGCUUAUAAUAUUGCCAUAUAGUGAUUCCUAUUGAUGCCUCCUUUUGUACUAUUAUAAUCUCACGGACUAUGAGCCAUCCCCCCAUCCCGGACCCCAUGCAUUUUAUCUAGUCUCUAUACCGUCUUCCAAUAAAGUAUUUUUUAUUUUCUAUCUUACUCAUCUUUGUUUUACCAGGGGAUGCUAUAUACCCUCUUAGUGGGCAUACCCUUAGUCGAGUGUAUUGUGAGAGAUAGACGUUUGUUCUUCUCUCCAUACACCUUUUAUCUUUGGGAAUUUUUCUAUUAUCAUUUCUGUUGGGUUAUCCCCUUUCAUGUUGCCCAUUUAGUCCUUCUUUGACUCCAGGAGUGGAUUGUCUCCAGCCCUGUAGUCACUGCUCUUUCUCUUUAUCAAUUAUGAGAAACUACCCAGGGAAAACUAUAGGUCACUUUGUAGCGCUCCACUUAAAUGGUUGGAUCGGCCUUGGGAACUUUGGAUGCUAAUUUAUUUACAAUUGCAGAUAAAUAAUUUUGAUUUACAUUUUAACUUCACAUUUAUUUUUCUUUUAUUUGUAUUUUUUGUUUCAUUAAAUAUAUCCCAUAUUAUUAUUAAGUAGUAGUAAUCUUGAGGUGGUUUGUAUAAAAUGUCCCUUUUAAUUCCCUAUUUUCAAGUGAGAGAUGGGAAAGGUACAGCAGAAUUGUAUGUCUCCACCCACCAUACAAAGAGUGUAUAAAAUGAUCUGAUCUCAGAACUAAGAAGGGGAUAAUUCCCAGAUUUGCAAACUGUAAAUGAACUUAAGUCAAGAUGUGGCCUUUUAACUAACAUUUUACAAUGGAACUGUCAGCUGCUGUUACAAAUUUUAGUGUCACUAAUUCUUCUGAUGAAGACAUAGAUGCUGUGACACCUAAAAGCAACAUUAUUUUUUUUAUAUGCCUUCAUACCUACGAUAAUCUCUGUUACGGUGUUAGGAAAUGCUAUUGUUAUUUUAGCUUUUGUUAUUGACCAAAGGCUUAGAACGCAGAGUAACCUCUUCCUACUGAAUUUGGCAAUCUGUGAUUUUUUUUUUCAUAGGUAAGUAUCUUGUUGCUCUUUGGUUACCUUGAAUCACUUAUGAGUUGAAACGGAUGCAGUAUCCUCAUUGGUUCCAAAAAAACUAUUAAAUAUUUUCUCUUUCUCUAAUAAUAUUCUAACUAUAUUUAUUAAUAUCAGUGCCCAAAUCUUUCUCCGUUCACCUUAUUUCACCUACAUUUUUAUGUUUUAUGCACAAUCACUGAAACUAAAUGAAUGUAUUUUGCUGGGAGGUUGAGUGCUGUGUGUGUGAUGGGUGUGAGAGUGCUGUGUGUGUGAUGGGUGUGUGAGUGUUGUGUGUGUGUGUGAUGGGUGUGUGUGUGUGUGAUGGGUGUGAGUGCUGUGUGUGUGUGAUGGGUGUGAGUGCUGUGUGUGUGUGUGUGAUGGGUGUGAGAGUGCUGUGUGUGUGUGUGUGUGAUGGGUGUGAGAGUGCUGUGUGUGUGUGUGUGUGAUGGGUGUGAGAGUGCUGUGUAAAUGUUAGAAUGGAUUGUGUGGGGGGGUAAAUAAACAAACAAACAAAAAAACAGGCAUUAAAUCCCCCCCCCCCCUUCUUACCUUUAGCCUGGGAGGGGGGGAGAGGCACGUGGUAUCUGGGAGGAGGGUACAGGCACGUGGUAUCUGGGGUGGCGGCACUCAUCAUCCCUGGUGGUCCAGUGGUGAGUGAACUCUAGCCUGCGGGGCUAGAGUUCACUCUCGCGAGAUCCGGUCGUUGCCAUGGCAACGCGCCGGAUCUCGCGAGACGAACGCGGCGGAGCUUCAGAUUAGAGCUCCGCCGGGUCCUCUCCCUCCCCAGCCGCAGGUCUCUUCAGGUGGGCCAGUGAGGGAGAUCUUUGAUCUCCCCACCGGCCCAUCGUGGCAAAUAGCGGGGCCGGCGCUAGGAGAGUGCCGGCCCUGCAUAGACCGGCGGGGGAGAUCCUGGGACCUCCCCUGCCGACCUCGGCCCAUGGCCACCACGGCCCACCGGGCAUUUGCAAAAGUGAAUGGGGGGCAUUUCUACUAAACUUUUAAAAACUAGCGACUGGGGAGCCAUUGCUCUCCAGCUGCUAGAAAGGCUCCAUCCCUGUGAAAUAACAGGGGGAGACUUCUUAAUGUCACUUAUCUCGAGACUUGGCUGUCAGAGAGCUCUCAUUGGUUGGCAUACUAGCCAAACAAUCAGAGCACCCUUCCUUAUAUUACAUAGUGCAAUGUAAUAGCUGACCUAGCGUCUGAAAACCUUUUGUCAGUCCUGCUGAAAUUCAGACUAUAUUCAGGAGUCUGAAUUGAACAAAUGCCGACAUUGUUAAAUAUUAUGAACCACGUCCAGAGUUUGCUGUCUGAAACCCCCCUCAGUGUUGAAUAAAGUCCCUCAGUAAAUAGGUCACUAUAUUAAAUUGUGUCUCCUUAUCGGAAUAGAAGUAUUUCUAGCCUCACUGAAACUUGUUUCUUGUCUGUAGGUUCUGUAAAAUGUCCUGCGAGAUUGAACGCACCUUUCAAGCCAGGGGAGAAGUACCCUCUGAUUAUAUUCUCACACGGACUCGGCGCUUUCAGGUAUUUGUGUUGUCAAAAUAGUGUGUGCUAAAUGUGCACUCAUUUUUAUUUCCUGAUUAUUGUAAAUGCAGCUCUAGGUCACUAGCUGUUAUGGUCUAGAAGAAAUGCUGGUUAUUAUAGUAACACUCCAAGCACCAUAACCACUACAAUGCUAGUGAGGUGUAAGUAAUCCCCCAGUGUAAGUGUUGCUGGAGCAGGUGGUGCAGGGUUUAGCUCAUUGAGAGUGACCAUCAGCCAAUGAACUGGCCCUGUAGGGGAGGAUUUAGCCCAGGAAAGCCAAAUGAAGCUCUAUGCAGGAGCCCUAGCGGACCUCAGGUAAGUUGUUAAACCAUCAGAAAAUGGUGUGACUGCAUACAUUGGUGGGGAGCACUCCUGACAUCGUGUUGUAGUGGUUAUGGUGUACUGAUUGCUCCUUUAAAGCAUAGGAUAUGAAUUUUACUAAAUACCAUGUGAUCCAGUCACAGACUUCGCCAAUUACUUCAAAGACAAAAUAUCUGGGUGGGGAAGGGUAUAUCGUCUGUUUAGAUAAAUGUCACGACCAAGAGGGACGUUGGAGAAAAGUUGUGAUCUGUCGUGCAGCAGCGAAUGGAAUAAACAGGCCAGGCUGUCCACUAAACUGUGAAUUGUUCUGAAUGCAGGGCUUAAAACACAAAGACAAAACACAGCAUUCGCACAUUACUCAGUCAUUCUUACAAUUGAUUAAACAUUCAUUUUUGUUAGUAUUCCUUGAGAUUUUGGAAUCACUGAUCUGAAUAGCUAACAUGAUUUCUGUUUCUGUACAGGACCCUGUACUCUUCCAUCUGCAUUGGCCUGGCAUCACAAGGCUUCGUAGUUGCUUCUGUUGAACACAGGUAAUUGUCAGGAUAUACAUCGGUCUACCAUGACCUCAGAUAGACUAUGAUGCCAUAUUCCCUAUUCACAUUAAAACACAAUAGGAGCAGCAAUCAUAUUAUUUUAUUACAUGUUUUGCAGCUCUGUAUACAUUCAGCAAUACACAACCAAUGUACGAACACACAAACAUAAUUAGAUAACACAAUUACAAGGUAGUAUGUUUGUUUCUUAUAAAAUGUUUUGGUAUGGAAAAUGUUUAGAUAUAAGAAAUAAAAGUAAUACUGUAUAGGCACAGCCAUGGCACAUUAUGUAAAUGUACUUUCUUAUAGUACGCUAUAGUAGUUAUGGAGCGUUGAGUGUUAAACCUUUAAACCUCACAUUUCUUAAUUUCUCCUCUGGAUCUGAACUAGAUCAUUUCUAACUUUUCUUUGGUUUUUCCUUUAAAUUUAUUUUGAGAAGUACAGUUCUGUGACAUUUCUGAAUUUGUGAAACACUUUAGAAGCAAUACUUUCACAUACUGAUUCACUUCCUUCCCCCCAAGAUAAUUUUCAGAAUGGAGCUUUGCCCUGCAAUGGCUCUGCAGUGUGUUAUAUGUGCAGAUUGCACUCAAAGAAUUUACAGUGUUCCUUUUGAAGAGAUUAUUUCAGAUUUUACCUGAUUCUUUAGUCUUCGCUGUACAAAAAAAAUCUUAUUCUUAAUUUUCGUAGUGCUGGUGUCUGAUCAGGCUGUUUACAAUUGCAGAUUAUCGUCAGAUGUAGAAUUGGAUUUUGUAUUUAAAGAGACAUUCCUAGGACCAUAACUGGAUUGUAGUUGUUGUGGUGUAAGAAAUCUUUGGGUGCUUUCACCCUGAUUUUUUUGUCUAACCUUUUUCAUGUGGUCUGGUAAAACCAUUCACUUCUGCUUUAUUUUUUCAAAGUGGUCCAACCUUGAAAGGAAAUAAUAAGCUGUACAUUUUUUGGGGCAAUUUAGCCAAAAUGCUUUGUUAUGGUGUGUUUAGUGUCAAAUUAAAGGGAACCUGUUUGGUGAAAUAGUGUAAUGUGACCACAUCAUUAUUAUGGUCUAAUCCAUACAGUUAUUUCAUUAUCUGUACAUUUCUAUCCCCAGAAUAGUCUGUGUAAGACACCUGUAUUAUUGAAUCUGGAUCUUUAACAUAUGAAACAAAACAUAACAAAUUGUGAUGAAUAAUGUAUCACAAUAGAGGAAUUAAAGGACCACUAUAGUGCCCUGAGGGUGCCCCCACCCUCAGGGUCCCCCUCCCGCCGGGCUCUGGGGAGAGGAAAGGGGUUAAAUCUUACCUUUCUCCAGCGCCGGGCGGGGAGCUCUCCACCUCCGAUCCUCCUCCUGGGCUGAAUGCGCAUGUGCGGCAGGAGCUGUGCGCGCAUUCAGCUGGUCUCUGAAUUAAAAUGCUUUCCUAUGGACGCUUGCGUGUUCUCACUGUGAUUUUCACAGUAAGAAGCACGCAAGCGCCUCUAGCGGCUGUCAGUGAGGAUUUGAGGGCUGGAUUAACCCAUUUAUAAACAUAGCAGUUUCUCUGAAACUGCUAUGUUUAUUAAAAAAAAAAGGGUUAACCCUAGCUGGACCUGGCACCCAGACCACUUCAUUAAGCUGAAGUGGUCUGGGUGCCUAGAGUGGUCCUUUAAUACCUUCAUGCAGUGGGCCGAGCAGACUGCGGUAGAGAGCUUCUAAUUCCUCUACCUGGACUGACAAGAAAGCCGUUUGGUGCUCUCACUGAGCCCUUCCUUUCAGACCGGGUAGAGAAUCAUGACGCCAUGGCACGCUCAGUCACACUACAUGAAGUGACUGGCAGGAGGGGAAUGCUGUUUGCUCUGCUCCUGCCAGGACCGGACUGGGGAUACAAAGCAGCACUGGGAAAAAUGUAUUCCAGUCCCAUAAAUCAUUGAGUGUGUGUGUGUAUGUAUGUGUGUGUGUGUAUACAUAUUUAUUAUUGGUAUGCUGUUGUUUUUUCUAAUUAUAAAUAUUGGUCAUUUCAGGGUAAAAAAUUAAUUAAAGUAAUUAAACAGUAAGCAUACUCACAUGCAGACACAGAUAAUCUCAUUGAUACACAUAAGCUCACUGAUGCACACAGCCUCACUGACAGACAAUAUCACUGACAAAAAAAUUUGCUGGUACACAGACACACAAGUGGACUACAGACAAACUCACUUGUAUACACACAGAAGCUUACAACAGAUAAACUCACUGAUAUACAAACAGAAGAUGACUACAGACAAGCUUACUGUGACACACAUACAUACACACACACACACACACACACACACACACACACAUGCUCACUGACACACAUACACGUGACUCACUACAGACUAGCUCACUGACACACAUACACAGGCCCGGACUGGCCAUCGGGCAUACCGGGCAAAUGCCAGAUGGGCCGAGGCCGGCAGGGGAGAACACAGGAUCUCAGCUGGGCUCUGCGCAUUGAGCCAACAUGCUCACUUUGAGAGGGGCCGUGCUUGUCAUUAGUGAUGACAAAACACACCCUCUCUGGCCCCGCCCCAUCCUCAGGGGGCCGCUGUGAUUGAAAGAUCCAGCGUUGGAUAUACCCACAAUAAAACAAUGCAUAAUUUAAUAAAUCACACACUAUAUGUGACUGUGAGAGCUUCGGGAAGCCGCACUUUUCCCCUGAAAUCUGGUUCUAAAAAUGUACAAUUUCUUCCAGAGAUGAAUCGGCUUCUGCGACAUAUUACUUGAAAGAGAAAUCCCCCAGUGAGCCAUGUGAGGAGAACUGCAACGAGCUGGAAGAAGUGUGGCUGUAUAAUAAGCGUCCCAAGCCAGGGGCUGAUGAAUUCCCACUCCGAUUUGAGCAGGUUGUCAUCAUUAAAAAGUUUCCUAUUCUACCUUGUAACACCCAACUAAUAUUGCUUCUAAAAUACAGUGUACUCUGUGUGAAAAGGGAAUUCCCAACAUAGAAUAAAUAAAACAAAAAAUAAAACACAACAAAGGAAGCGCAAGAGCAGCAGAGCUAAAAAUAAAAAUUAAAGAAUAAAACUUAAAAAAAAAAGACUACGUUCACAAACUAUAUAAUGUGAUAUGACAAAAAUAGUCCCCUGUCUCUCAUUAUCUUGGAGAUUCGGCAUUCCCUACUUGGGUUUCUAUCAGGUGUUUUCCUGUUUGUUUUGCCAUUAGGAACAGUUUUUUGGUUUGCUGAUACCUCGUAUCGUUGGACUCUUUUCUGUCCGGGUCACUGGGAUUUUAUCCUAAUCUUAUGUACAUUUUUUUUUCUUCAGACAAUAGUUUUCAUUAUUUUUAGCAAUACAUUUUUUAUUAUCAUUUUUUUCAUUUAUUGUGCAGUGGAUACAUUUGUCAUAUCACAUUUUAUAUUUCGUUACCUUAGUAUUUUAUUUAAAAAAAAAAAAGUUAUUUUAUUUAAUUUUUAUGUAUUUUCCAUUUCUGUUGCUCUUGCACACUCGUCGCUUUUUUAUUUUUUGCCCUUUUGUUAUUCAAUCAUGGAAAACAGACACGUUUUCACUUAAGGGUAGCUGCAUCAGCAGGUAUCUUUAUAAAAGCUUCUAUAUUUUUGUAAAUCAAUCAAUCUUAAAAUGCUGAUUGACCAGCUGCCCGCUAGGUUCCUAGAACCCUAGAGUGUGUGCUGAAUGCUGUAAGGCCCUUUGAGUAGAAAUCCACAAUGUUAAAAAAUAGUUGCUGUAAUUAAUGUUCCUGUCCGUGCUCUUUACCUGUGAGCAUGAUGUCUAUAUUGAUGUAGUAUAAAGGGACCCUGACUAAAGGUGCGCACAAGAAGAACUGUAUUGAAUAAACAUGUCUUGUAUAAUUGAGAAAUAAAUAUGAAGAUGACAAUCCCAGGAAUAGGAGGAGAGUUGUAUUAGGGAUUAUAUUGAUGGGUCUUCGUACAAGCCUUUCAUCUCUAAAAUCACCUGUCUUUUUUACUUUAGUUCUGACAUGUUCUGGACAGUAGCGCAUAGACCUUGAUGUCUGUUUUCCUAAUAAUGUUGAUGAAUGAACUUGUUUCAUGUCUGUUCAGGUCCAGACGAGAGCAGAUGAAUGUUUAAGAGCGCUGGAUCUCAUGCUUGAUAUAAAUGCUGGGAAACCAGUAACAAAUGCGACACAAUCCAAUUUUGACUGGCUUUUAUUGAAGGUGCGUACAAAAAAAAAAGGAAAACAUUGUGCCCACUCUCACGGUAUCAUAAUGCUUUAGUUUGACUGAAUCAACGGGACUUUGAUUAUAUUGUGCAACCAUGUUUGUCCAUUAGUUGUUAAAAGAUCACUAUAGGGUCAGUUACACAAACAUGUAUUCCUGACCCUAUAGUGUUAAACCACCAUCUAGCCCCUCUUGCCUCCCUAAAUAUAGUAAAAUCUUACUUGUAUUCAAGUCUGGAGCGGCUUGUUUUGUCCCCAUUUCAUUUUGACCUGCCUGCUGACAUCAUCAGAAGUGGUGGCCUGAUCCAAUCACAAUGCUUCCCCAUAGGAUUGGCUGAGACUGACAAGGGGGCAGAUCAGGGGCAGAGCCAGCACAAUUCAAACACAUCCCUGGCCAAUCGGCAUCUCCUCAUAGAGAUGAAUUGAAUCCAUGAAUCUCUAUGAAGAAAGUUCAGUGUCUGCAUGCAGAGGGAGGAGACACUGAAUGUUUGGAUGCAUUUUAGGCAGCCAUGACCCAGGAAGGAUCUCUAAUAGCCAUCUGAGGAGUGGCCAGUGAAGUUAUCACUAGGCUGUAAUGUAAUGUUUACAGCAAAAAGCCUGAAGGUAAUGAUUAUUCUACUCAACAGAACAAAUUCAAUAAGCUGUAGUUUUUCUGGUGACUAUAGUGUCUCUUUUUAAUCGGGAUGCAAUGCUGCAAAGUCAUGUUUGUUAGCAGCUCAUGUGUCAGUGAUACAAAGUAUUAUGGGAGAAAAGUGACAGUUUUUGAAUAAAUUCAUGUCACAAUCCAUACAUCACUAGUUCAGAAGUCGUUUUUUUUUUUUUUCUUUUUUUUAACAAACGUUUAUGACUUAUGUCAUAUCGUCUUUACAUGCAGAACGCCUAAUCGGUACAUCGAAGGAAUAUUAUUUAGAAAUACAAACGUGUUGUAAUAACACUAUCUAGUCCUGGUCAUCACAGCCAAUCCAAUGCUUUCCUAUAGGAAAGCAUUGGGAGGCUAUUGCGCAUGUGUGGCAAAACUCUGCUCUGCGCCAAUCAGCACCCUUUCAUAGAGAUGCAUUGAAUCAAUGCAUGUCUAUAAGGAACGUUCAGUGUCUCCAUGCACAAUGUGUAGCACUGACCCAGGAAGCACCUCCAGUUGCUGUCUGAGUGACAGUUACUAGACAUUGUUGGCAUUAAAAACCCCAUGACCACACCCAGCAUCUCACAGGAGCAUCAAUACUCACCCCAUGGGAACAGAUAUGCUCUAACAAACACUUAUCUAGAUCUACUAGACAGCUCUCCAUGUGCUACAAACUACUCCUGGACUACACGUCAUUAGUGAUGUCGCGAACCGUCCGCGAACUUGCCGCGAACCGUCCGUGGCGAACUCCGGUCAGCUGACACAUCUCUGCCAAUCUCCGGCAGACCCUCCCUCCCAGACCCUCCUACUUCCUGGACAGUAUCCAUGUUGAAGGCAGCUGUCCAGGAGGUGAGAGGGUCUGGGAGGGAGGGUCUGCCGGAGAUUGGCAGGGAUGUGUCAGCUGACCGGUCGCGGUGAACGGUUCGCGGCAAGUUCGCGAACGGUUCGCGACAUCACUACAUGUCAUUAGCUAAUGCCACACCGGCGAAACAAUGGACAAAAGAUAUUGGAGGGGAGAUCACUCCAGCUCAAUGGAAAGACAUAACUGUCGCCCCUAGAAAACUAAUAGUCAGCCACCCUCUUAGAACAACACAUGAAAAUGGUUUACAGCUUUUAUCUAGUACCGACAAGGUUACACAAACUCUUCCCAAAUAGCUCUCCGAGAUGCUGGAGAUGCGCAAGCAUAUAGGCACAGUCUUACAUAUCUGGUGGCAGUGCCCGAAUAUCACCACCUUCUGGGGGGCCAUAGGCACCACAUUGAAAAGUAUCACUCACACAGAACUAAAAUGGGAACCACACACAUACCUACUACUCCUGCUCCCACAGGGAACCCCCCCACACACCAGGAAAAUGAUCUACCACCUACUUCUUACAGCUCAACGCGUAAUAGCGAGAGCGUGGAAGUCUAGUCAUACUCCCUCAAAAGAAGCAGUCCUCUCUGAGAUAGAUAACCAAAGCAUAUAUGAACGCCACCUCACCAACAUAUGUCCACCCUCCAAAACUAAUGCAGCAGCCUGGGGAAUGUGGGACAUAUGGAGAAGAACACACCCUAAUUAGGGAGAUAGCACACACAGAGACUGGGUACUGUAGAAGAUUAUGUCAGAUAUUGCUGUAUAUGUAAUAAUAUGAAAUAAUUCAAUAUGUGAAACAGUGUAGAUUAACAACUUGGAUGACACCUCCCCCCCACCCCCCCUUUUUUCCCUCUCUUCGCUAAUGUUGAUAUUUGAAAACAAUAAAAAUUAUCAAAUUAAAAAAAAAAAAGCCUGCAGGCACAAGCUAUAGACACUAGAACAUCUACCUUAAGCUGUAAUUGUUCUGUUGACUAUAGUGCCCCUUUAAUUGAACUGACAGUUUUGGGUGUCAAAAGUCAGGGCAUAUUGUUAGUUCAAUUAAGUAGAAGUAAAAUGUCCAUUGGAAAAAAAUAAAAAAAAUAAAAAAAAUGAAAGCCCUGUUUUUUUUUUUUUUUAUAAUUCUUUAUUUUAUUUGUGCAUCUUAAUAACAAAUGGGUUUGCUUUGCCACAACAGCAAGAACAAACUGAGCGAUAAACACAAGAGAACAAUAUUGUGGCAUUGAAGGCAUUGCACAUUUUUGUUAGAUUAUCAAGAUAAACAUGCACGUUUUAGCAUGAUAUGGUACAAGGUGAACACAAAGUUUAGGCGAUAACUAGGCAUACGAGGUAUAACUGUCUUAGCAACGCAUAUUGGCUGCUAGUGUAAUUAUCUGAACUACAAGCUUAACGGAGCUUGAGGAGUUCCAAGAUGGAGUUGUGUCUUUUUUUUUCGUUUGCUAACAAUUUAUAUCUAUUGUGGGUAUAUUCAAGUGCUAGUGAGACAGGUUGAAACGGGGUGCUGAGUAUUAUGAGCCCUAUGGCCCAUGUGCAGUAAUGGAGGGAGACAGAUAUAGUAAAUGUGAGUAAUUAGGAGACUAAUUUUGCUGGAUGCAUUGAGUCACUCUUAAUAAACCUGCUUAUGAUAACCUAAAAUAACAGGGGAACGUAAACAUAGAGACAUAUCUCGUUUUGAGGAUGUAGUCCUCUGUAUUGUAACAGUCGGGUGUUUAUGUUGCCUUCCGUGAGCAUGGGGGCAUUGAAGGUAACCCACAGAGGUUUUAAGUCCGUUAGAGUCCCGCUUUGCCCGUGCUUCAGCCUACUCCUUGUAUGGUCAUCUCCCAGGCUUGUAUUGUGCCGGUCAGCUUGCGCAGUGUCCCAGAUGUAAGGGAGUGUGGAGCCCCGGAGCCGCGUGUAUGUAUACUGGUCGGUGAGUGUAAGGACCUCCAAGUUGUGGUCUGAGCUGAGUUCACCCGUCUCGGGUCGGGGUGGCUCUGUGGUCGCCUACCCGGUGUGGACAUCACCCUGGGCCGUGCGCCUCGCUGUGUCGCUUGUUUGGUCGGGUCGCAUCUGCCCCUCUGCGUUUUGCGUCUCGGGGGUCUCCUCCUGGCCAUCCCACAGGCUCCAGGCCCCAGUUUGUUGUUGCUCACCUUUGGGUUCAGGCGCAUGUCGGAGAGGGCCCUUCGCUGGAGCUGGGUGCUCGUCGGUGCUAUACGCUGUGCACCUCGCGGUGAGUUGUGUGGCUUCUCGGUAGUAGGUGGUGCGUGUCCCUGAGGCCGCAUGCGAGCCCUCAGCUGUUUCCAAAAGGAGGCGAAGAUAGCGUUUAGCCUGUGUUCAGUGUCCAACCAUAUACUUUGUGGGUAUGCUGUUGAGACGGCAUCCGCCAUCUUGGGGGCUUGCAUGCCAGUAGGUUUGGGACCCUGUGUCCCUAUCGUUUGUACACCCCUUCGCAGGGGGAGCUUGUGGGGGUGGACCGGGAUGACCCCCACCGGUCCAGAGGGGGGGAGACGAGGGCCCAAGUCCUGGAUCUUGGCUGGUCGUGGCAUCAGGAGAGCGGCCGUCCCUCCCGCGCAUGCCAUGUUUGUAGGCCUCACCAUCAUGUCGGGUGAUUGGGGUUAGAUCUGUCGCUCGAUCAGUGCACCCCGAUGGCACGGCUCACUGGGUAGCCUUUCCGACCUGGUUGUGCGCCGUUAGGGCUAUAGAAAUCGGAGAAAUUUGCAGUUUUCAGCGGGAGCUGCUGUAGUGUGCUUCCACUCUGCUCCAAGGUCAGGCCCCGCCCCCCAGCCCUGUUUUUUCCCCCCCUUCAUCUGUGAUUUUUUUUUCAUAGCCAAAAGAUUCAUUUGAUAUCUCAAGGAGCAUCGAACCAAAUCCCCAAAUUAGCCACCCAUGUGGGGAUAAUUCGCCUGAUGAUAAAGGCCCGAAUUGCUGCAAUUCUUGAAAAUAGGCUUACCUUUCAAUCAAACCACAAUGCAUAUUCACAUUUUACAGCUAUGGACUCACAUUUAAUAUUGAACUGCAAUUAACGAAUAAGCAAAUGUUUUUUUUUUUUUUUUUUAUUUUUUUUUUUAUCCAAUUUACUUUAUAUGAAUAUGCUUCAGAAAAUUCAUCCAGUAAAAACCUUAUGACUUUUUUUUUUUUUUUUUAGGAUUCUCUUGAUGUCAAAAGCAUUGCGGCCGUUGGACACUCAUUUGGAGCUGCCACAGCAAUCAAGGCUCUCGGCAGAGAUUCACGAUUCAGGUAAGAAUACGAACGCCAUCAAUAAACUUUAUUUUAUUUUUUUCAUCUUUAUGUGAAAUCACAAUUUAAGACAAGUUUGGUCAACGAAGAAAUAUGUAUACAUACAGAAAUCAAAGAAAGGAAUAGGGAAUGUCCCAUUGCAGAAUAGACCUCACAACCCUAAUGUCAAAAAUAAACGGACGGACAACACUCCAACCCAAUAAUGCAAUCUGACUUGGUUCAUAGAAGACAUGUGCAUUCAUUAUCAUACAAAUUGAAUUUCGACGGAAAAUUCAACGAACUGAGACAAAUUUUUAGAUCUAUUAAUUGAAACCGCGAAAUUAAGAAAAGGUCUGCUUUUUCCAUCGUUUUUGUUCUUUCAGUUAUUUAGUUGAUAGCGCCAUAUCCUAUCCGUACAUGUGAUUGCCAUAAUUAAGGAUACCAAAUUUGGGACUUAUCUAUGAAGCAACUGAGCGCUCAAAUUUAACAAAAAGGCCUUUUGUUAUGUCUCCUCUUUCAGGUGGUUAGUAGAUAGCGUCCUAUUUUGGUAUCCUGGCGUGCGAUUCCACUACCUAGGAUUUCCAUGCCUUGGACACCAUCUUUCUUUUUAAAAGGAUUUUAUUGUCUCUUUUCUUUCAAAAUUGUAGAACACCGAAACAUGGAGACACAGACAUGCGUAUGCCUUUAUACAUAGGCAUAGGGAAGCCCAUUGUCUUGCAAUGCUUUUGAGUAAAGGCUAGGGCUUACUAAGCCUCUUUAUAAAUUCAUGGGUUUGUCUUUGGUUCUAUAUAGAGGCAUGCGCAUGCCUGUGUCUGUAUCUGUCUGUACUUGUUUGCUGGUUUAAAUUACCAGUCAAAUGACGCAAGUCCCAUUAAAAAUUACACUUAAAGUGCCGUGGCACAAAGAGAAGAUCUGGCAGAUUUUUGCAUGGAGGUUGCUAAAUCGAAAGAUUACAUAGCAAUGUUUUAUUUUGUUUUUAUUAGACCCUGGUAAACAGAUUUAAACAUGCCUACGCGUCUAACAUUUUUAAAACCAUCCAAUAUUGUGUUGAUAAACGUGCUGUUUUUCCAUAUAUAUAUAUAUAUUAUAUCUAAUGUAACAAUGUUCCUGCCCAGGGACAUUGGGUGUCCAGAACUGUGUGGGAGUAAACAUCUGAUGUAAACGAAGGGGUUUAUUCACUAAACAUCUAGCUGUAAAAAAAAACUGAUUUGAGAAAUUUGGGCUAAAUAAAAUAGCCACGGUAUGAUAUGAUUAGAGUUGGAGAAUUUGCUCAAAUCAACAUUUUUUUUUCUAAAGUUUAGCAAUUUAGUUUUCAAUUCGCUACAACUUGAUGUUUAGUGAAUACAUUUCAAAAUGUAUCCAGCAUGAAUUAGGUGUGAUCCUAGAUAUGCACUAUGUGACUUUGAGGGAAUCCGCUCUUUGUGUCACCUUGAGGAUUUUUGAAACCGACAUCUAGAUACAAACAAUUGUUCUUAUUGUUUUUUUUAGGUGUGGAAUAGCGCUAGAUGCAUGGAUGUUUCCGUUAAGGGAGGAGAUAUUUUCUGCCAUCAACCAGCCGGUAUUAUUUGUCAAUUCUGAAAAGUUCCAGUGGGUGGAAAAUGUAUUAUUAAUGAAAAAAAUGGACUCCACUCGUGUGGAGAGGAAGAUGAUCACAAUCAAGUGAGUGAAUUAAAAAAAUAAACUAGGUUUUAAUUUUUUUUGCAAAGACCGUAAUGAUCACCAUUGCAUAAAUCUCCUUACACUCCAAAAUGUAACAAAUUAAAAUAUUAAUGGCGAAAAAUUGCACUUUAGUCACAGCCUGGCUAUUUAAAUCUAAAUUGUGCUAUUUGAUUUUUAGUUUACGUUUAAUUGUUUAGUGAAUAAAUCCAGGUGUUUCAGAUAUUCAUACAGAAUAUAAUACAAGACAAAAAAAAAGAAAGUUCUUAUGUUUUAAUUUGCCAACAAAAAAAGUUGCCCAACACGAACUGGCACUCAGUGGAAAAAGUAAUGGUUCAUUUACUAAAUCAACCCAGGCCAUGUACUCAGUUGUUACCUCCUCCUCUCAUUGUUGGACUUUUGAAACAUACACAGCGAGCACUGCAACUCGCCAAUCAGCUUCUUCUGAUAAAGAAGCAUUGGUUCCAAUCCUUCUCUAUCCAAAGCAGUGGACGCUACAUCGCGCAUGCAGUGGAACUAAACCCCGGCACAUAGUCAUGGAUUGCACCUCUUAGGCCAUGUUUCAAGCUGAAACGCUGCACAUACAGAGUGUUUAAUUGAUUACUACAUUAUAGUCAUGCUUGAAUACCGGCAGCCAUAUCAUAUAGGUAAUUCUCAAUGGUUUAGGAGAAGUGAUGGUACCUCUUUAAAGAUAGGCAGUCAAUUGGCAGGUCACUUACUGUCACUGCUACUGCAGGAAUCCUCCAUCGAGUACAUGUAGAAUGAGUCUUACCCUGAAACAAGCAGGUUCUAAUUUGGCUGUAAAAUGUAUGCUAUUGCUAAGUCAUAUUAAAUAGAAAGGCGUGCAAAACCUUGUUAAAUCUUAUAAUAUCAAAGGGCAUCCUAGAUACAAACAAUUACAACAAAUAUAUAAAUGCAGAUUACUUUUUACUGCUCCGCCUUUAUUCUCUUCUACUUGUUACGUCUUCUCACUGGAUAGGUGAGCCAAAAGGCGUGUAAACAUGUAUAUUGCGUUUAUUUUGCAGUACAAUUUUAGCCAAUUUAGCUCUAACUUGGUUCGUCAGAAUCUCUUUCCCCAAAAUGAUCACAUAGACAAAAUCUCUCAGAAACAACAAAAAUAUUGGACAAACCAAAUGUUUUGUCCAUGCACACGUCUAUUAAAUUAUAUACAAUAAUUUUGUUCAAUGUAACUUUGUUUUAUAUUCUUUGUAAGCUCAAUAUCCUUUAACUACUCUAUUACAGAAUCAAUAUGUAAUUAUCAAUUAGUGUAUGAAUGUUAAUCUUUGUAAAGCACUGUAGGCAGAGUCACUGUGUAAGAAUGGUUAACUUUGUUUUUAACGGCUAAUUGUUACAGCUUAAUUUUAGUAAAACUAAACAGGACAAUCUUAAACAUGGUUAAAAUAUUCUGCAAUUUUUAUUUUUAUUGAUUGAAAUUGUACAUGUUUACAUGGAAUUUAUUUUAAUUUUAUUCCAGGGGCACCGUACAUCAGAGUUUUCCAGAUUUCACCUUCUUGACUGGCAACUUGGUGGGAAAAAUAUUUAAGUUAAAGGGAGAAAUUGAUCCAUACAUAGGAAUGGACAUUAUUAUUAAUGUGACAUUAGCGUUUCUGCAGAGACAUCUGGGUAAGUGUUAAAACCAACCUAGCAGUUUGCAAUUGCCUCCAGCUCUCUAAUAGUAGAGACGUACUGGAUACCGCACUCAUCAAAUAACCCAGGUUCUUCGAAGCCAUGGCUUGCCAGGCCUCCCUUCUAGCAUAUGCAGAAUAAAUAAGGGUUCAGGCACCCCGGAAUAACAGAAAUAGCCACUUUAUUGGGGCAAAAGCAGCAAUGUUUCAACCCUACCGGGUCUUUAUCAAGCUUGAUCCCGGAGUGCCUGAACCAUUAUUUAACCAGCUCUCUAAUGCCUUCACCAACACCAGGAGACAGCUUAUUUUGGAAUAGCUAGUCAGAGGGAGAUAAUGAAAAACAAAUGAUGUGGUCUGGUUAUAUUGAGAUUUGUCGUAAAAAAACACAUUUGGUGUUCAGGAGAACUUUUGAGUUUUAGGCCUGUCUAAAACUCAGUUGACUCUCAGUCAAUGAAUGGAUCAGUAGAGGCUAAAAAAUGUGGGGCAGCCACCAUUGUUUGAGGCUUGGAGCCUGCACAAAUCCAGGUAAAAUCCAAACCAUUGCAAAACCGUUUGGCUUUUACCAUGGAACAGCACCAGGGUCUCCUUCACAUCAGCAGUCUGUAGUGGUAAUGAUGUUUAGUGUAUUGCUUUAAAACUGUAUUUCUGUAUACAUUCAAAAUGUGUAACAGAAGGUAUAAUAAACCUAGGUAAGUGUGCCUUUUAAUGGCAAAAACUAUAAAUUCUAAUUAGUCAAUGGCCAUUUGCCAAACCAAUAUCUUUAAAGGACCACUCUAGGCACCCAGACCACUUCAGCUUAAUGAAGUAGUCUGGGUGCCAGGUCCUUCUAGGGUUAACCCAUUUUUUUAAUAAACAUAGCAGUUUCAGAGAAACUGCUAUGUUUAUUAAUGGGUUAAGCCUUCCCUCUAGUGGCUGUCUCAUUGACAGCCACUAGAGGCGCUUGCGUGCUUCUCACUGUGAUUUUCACUGUGAGAGCACGCAAGCGUCCAUAGGAAAGCAUUGUAAAUGCUUUCCUAUGCGACGGGCUGAAUGCGCGCGCAGCUCUUGCCGCGCGUGCGCAUUCAGCCCAGGAGGAGGAUCGGAGGAGGAGAGAAGGAGAGCUCUCCGCCCAGCGCUGGAAAAAGGUACGUUUUUAACCCUUUCCCCUUUCCAGAGCCGUGCGGGAGGGGGUCCCUGAGGGUGGGGGCACCCUCAGGGCACUAUAGUGCCAGGAAAACAAGUGUUUUCCUGGCACUAUAGUGGUCCUUUAAGGAUUAUCGUUGCUUCUGUUAAAGAGUGAAAAAUAGACAAAUAUACACUGUGUAUACAAUUAUUGAUUGGCUUUGUAAAGUGACAAGGGCCACCAUGACAUCUUGCCCAUUAUACAUCUUUGUUAACCAGGUCUCCAGAAAGACUUCAAUCAGUGGGAUUCUCUUAUAGAAGGAGAGGGAGAAUUUGUCAUUCCUGGAACGAACCUCUAUCUACCUCUACAAAAACCUGAAAAUGUCAAGUGAUAUAUACUUCAAGAACUUCCUAUGUGAAAUAUUUUCAUACUUUGCCAUCAUGAACAUCUGCUCCAAGCUAAAGCAGGUGAACCAAUACCUCAAACAGGAUCUAGUUAUUGAUGCUGGUUAUCACAAACUACCGAUCAUCUACCAGAUCUGGAGUCCUGCUUGGCCACCUAGGUUGUAGAGAAAGUACAGCUUAGACCUUCUGGAUUAUAUAAGGAUUAUUUCCUGAUGGGGAGCAAGAUACUAAUCGAUGCUUUAAAAUCUUUCUUGUGAUUAUACUUUAUUUAUUUCAACUUGAAUGAUGUGGAAAGCAAUUUACAAGCAGUAACUGUUACAAGGUUAUAUUGUGUGUACAGAAUACAGACUUUCUGGCAGAAGGAGACAGACAUUAUCAAGUAUGGUAUAUUUUGGGUGAAAGAAUAGUGCAAACUUAAUCCUUGACUUUUUCUGAUGAUGUAAACUGAAUUGUAUCUUUUUACGUACUUUAUAAUUUUUAUGAUUCAAAUGUAACUACAAACUCCUGUAGUAUUAGUAUGUUAUAUUUUUAAAUGGUGUACUAAUUUAUAUAGCAAAUCCCAACAGUUAUCCAAUAAAUUAAUAGCCACAGGUUUGGCAUUUUAUACAAAACAUGGAUAGGACUUCUUUGAGUUUGGUGUGGCUAAAUCCUUUUACUCGGUGCUCAAAGCCUGCUACUGCUUAGUGUAAGCAUGUAGAGCAGGCUCACUCCGUCCAAAUAGUUUUACAGGAAAAGAGGUAGUUAAAUUUAUCAUUAUGAUUGUGGAUCAGAUGGGCCAAGCUUGAACAUGCCAAUGAAUCUCCUGUGUUUUAUCAAAACUAUUCAAAGCUGCACACAUAACCAACCCCCUUUUCAUGCUACCGGACACUAAACUAGGUAUUGUGGAAAAUCAGACUACCAAAUCUCAAUUCUGUGCAUGUGUUAAAUGUUGUCUGUGCGCACAGCAUGUUGGUGACCGAUAUACAUGGAUUCUCGCAAUGCAGGCAGAACCGGAGUCUUGUGUUUCCACUCCCUCUAGCCUGCUUUUAGUUUUUAAAAGGCUCCCUCUUCUUGCCGAGGUAGUAAAACAGUCCAAUCAAAGGCUUUUCGUAGUUUUGGCCGCACAACUGCAGGCCUUUUUAUUGAACCUUGCAAGAACAAGCAUAUCAUCAGGAGGGGUCGUGGAAAGCAGCACUUGGGAGCAUUACCUGGCGCUACAUUUUAUGUAAUUAAAGGGACACUAGAAUCACCAGAACAACUAUAGCUUAAUAUAGUUGAUCUGGGGAGUAUAAUCAUUGCGUUCAGGCAUUAUAAUGCAAACACUGCCUUAUCAAAAGAAAGGCAGUGUUGGAGGUGUCCCUUGGGACACCUCCAAGUGGCCACUGGGGAUGCUUCCUGGGGCAGUGCUGUACAGUAGGCAGUACUGCUGCUUAGCGUCCCCUGAAUUUUCUUUAGAGAUACAUUGAUUCAAUGCAUUUCUAUGAGGAGGUGCCGAUUGGCCAAAACAGUGCUUGGCCUUGCCGAUUUUAUCCAAUCUAAUGCUUUCCCCCAUGACAUGCAAUUCUGAUGUCACCAAGGGGGCCGGAGCCAGUGCCGGCAGACCCGCGUGGGCGCUGGUUUGGAGUUAUCUACUACAUUAUAUUUUUAAUUAAGUUAAUUUAAAUGGUCUUCAUAAAGGUUUUUGUUUUCUGUAUCCUGUAACUUUCAGAAUUUUCAGUCUGCAUUCCCUCAAGUAUCUUGGAUUGAUAUUAUGCUACUGCUAGAGGUCCUGUUGAUUUUGGAAGACACGGGCGAAUGAAAAUAUAAACUAAUUAAAGAAGAAGUAGUUAUAUUCAUGAAACUAGAUACUGUGACGAAUUGAGAUGGUGUUUUAUUUUAAUUUGAUAAAUCUUGUUUAAAAUGUAUUUUGUGCUCCUUUAAAUUGUGAAUUUCAAGCUUACGGAAUACAUUUCUUAACAGGACAGAACAAUUGGAUUUCUAUAAAUAUUUAAACAAUUAAAAAAACAAAACAGGAUUUAAAGAACAUUGGUUUACCUACAGCUUGCAAGACAAUCUAUAUAAUAGAUUAAUCUAUAAUAGACCCCCUUUGAUGUGUUCCUGACUCCCUUUCAUGCAUUUACUGAAUGGGGAUAGCUUGUAAUUGAUAUUCUAAAUGCAAAUUAUAUUGUAAUUGUAACCAUGUGAAUAUUAUAUACUAAAGCAAAAACACUAUUAAAAUGGUCUACAAAAGACCC